AGAGGAACCGAGCAGCAGCCUGUCUGCCGGAGACACACAGAGGAAAAGUUAGUCAAGAUGGUAAAUCUCACAGACCCGGAGUAAAGGGGCACCGCUCCCCGGACCGAACCGAAGCUGAGCCCGACGCCCGUUGAGACAAACCCGAAUGAUGCAAAGUUCGCCGGCAGCAGGUAAGAACCGCGAACUCGGUUUCUCUGACAACUGAAACAUUGAUUUCAGAAGUUUCUUUACGGGCUUUUUCUUGUACAAUGACCGCUCAAACUUUGGGCUUCAGUGUUCAAGUAAAAUGUUGACCCAACACUGAGGGGAAAAGAUCUAAAAUGGUGACGGUUCGGAGAAUUUCCAGCCUUUAUGUCAGUUCCUACGGACUAUUUCGCCUGAACUCCCUUCGUCCAGCUUCGCCGGUCACUUGUUGGUGUGAAUUUAUAAAUCUGUCUAAUGUUUAAGUCUCUCCGUAAUUGUGUUGUAGUUAAAAGUAAACCAACAUCCUCUUGAAAUGGCUGUUAUAACACACUGAAGGGAGAAAUCUGUCAAAAGUGGCGCCGCCGGCUUUGGUCGCGUCGCUUUGUAUGUCAGUGUUUUGAGCCGCGAACCUGCCGCUCGCCGUACACAAUGAACGGAGACGAAGUUCUGCCGCGUCAGUUCGCUCAGAGUUUGUUCAUACCGUUAGUCACGGUGCUGACGGCUGUUGGGGAUCCUAACUUUGCCCGCGCUGAUUUACCGUGUUUUAAUCACGUUUUUACACAGUUUUGACUCGAAUCGUGGACAUUCGAGGUGAAAUAAAUCAGUUUUUCUUUGUUCAAACUGCUCAGACACGUUCACAGUUCGCGUAUCCGCCAACGGUCAUUCCUUGUGUGUGUGUGUGUGUGUGUGUGUGUGUGUGUGUGUGUGUGUGUGUGUGUGUGUGUGUGUGCUGAUGAAGCAAAGUGACAGUUUUAGACAGCGGCUAACCUUCUGCCCCGAAACCAGCAGUCUGCUCCUCCUAAACGGACUGUGAUUCGGUUAAAAACUCACUGAUCCAGCCUCAAAAACAGAGAAGAAAACACUGAUCCGUCUUUUUAUUAUCCGAGGGAAGUCUCCUCGGUACACAGCCCCACCGACGGCGUCCAUAACCCGGCGUCCUUUCUUUGGAAAAUUCCGGGAUGCAGCUCUCAGAGCACCGACGGCAGUAUUUUUAGGAAUGGGUGGAUACCAAAAAACGACAUUUAUUUAUUCCUGUCUCGGUGGUAAAUGCCACAAGCUGCCCAAACGCAUUGGAGGAGGUGAUGUGUGUAAAUGAAUGAGUUUAUGAAGGCAUCUUCUUCUUCUUCUCUCUCCUCCAUUGCAGCAGCAGCAGCAGCAGUAAGUCUGCAGAGCUGAAGCAACAGGGAGACUGUCGCAUUUCCACUGAGGAGGCUGUCUUCUUCUUCUUUAUUUUACUGCCCUGUAAAAGUCUGACAGAGAGAGAGGGAGAGUCAUGUAGAGGUGCAGGACUUAUGUUUUGGUCAUGCACAUCCCUCAGCGACUAUUGGACACAGAUAUUCAAUGUAAAUUUGUGCUCAGACUGUUACACCUGACUAUAGGCCUGGGCGAUUUGGCAAAAAAAUGAUCAUGAUAUAUUUUGUCACAUCGUCCGAUCUCGGUUAUUAUCACGAUUUUUUUUUAACUGCCUGUUUUAAAGCAUCUGAACUAAAAACUAAAGAAACUAGAGAUUAGUUCAACAUUUUAUUAACAUACAAAGUAAAUAACAAAGCUAAUUGAAUAAGACACACUUAGAAAAAUAUAUUUUUUAAAGUUUUAACUCAACAGAACAACAAAUGUAGAUAAAUACUUAGUAACACAGUGAACUAGUUUACAGUCCUGAGUGUUUCUGCAGGUAUGAAAGACCCAGAAUAAACAAAUCUCCCCUCAGAGAUAAUGAAGACGCCUUCAAAUGUAAACAUUAGAUGAUGUAAAUGUAGAUGACACGAUUGAUUGCUUUGGUCUGGUGGCUGCACUGCUAGUUGUGGCUAAACUGUUAAUGGUAAUCGUACCGUCAGCAGUGACAGGCUGUGUAGACUCCGCCCACAUUUUCAUGCUUUCCGCAUAAUCACUCGGGAAGAACUUCUUCAAAUGAUAGAACAGAUCUGUUGAGUUGCUGGUUUUUGAGAGCACCGAUCGCCGACAUACCUUACACAUUGGCUUAAUUGCUCGAUGUCACUUUGGAGAUACCUGAACCACCGCCACACAACCGACGUUGAAUAACUUCAACAAUAACAUCUUUGGAGGAUGACUCAAAGUCACGGCUGACGUCAAUUUUCUGAACUUAUGAGAAGAGGUCACUGUCUGACUACUUUUAUAUUUUUCUGUUUAAUCUGUUUUUUGUUGCCUUGGGGGAGGGGGGUUACGUUUGGAUAUGUCUGUUAAUAGAAAACUGCGAAAUAUAUAUUUUUUUCUAGAAAUAAUUUGAUCCAAACAAAAGAGAGAUAGAGUCAUGUAGAGCCUCAAAAGCCUUAGCUAUUAACCCUAGAACAUUAUCACUAAAAUUAGUAACACCAUCACUAUCACCGUAGUACUUGUCAUCAAAAUAGGACAUUAUAUAACAAUAUAUACGUAUAACAAAUUAACCAUAUAUAUACAUGAACUGUAAAGUUAGUUUGUUCUCCCCCCAUUCCUGGGUCAUGUGAGUCUUCUCUGGUUCAGACUCCGGGUCCUCGGCACAAUAACAGGAGAGAGAAACAAAAUCUGUCAGAUUUGGAGUAAAAAUGAUUAAAGCUGACUCAAAUAUUUCUUAUCUCCAUAUGAAUUCCCUUAAGGUCACCACUUUGUGAUAGUUAUUCAUAGAGAUGCACCGAUCCAUUUUUUUCUGAUCCAAUCCGAUAUCGAUACCUGGGCUGAGUGUAUCGGCCAAUAUCCGAUACUGAUCCAAUACUACUGAUGAAUGAGUGAACUGUAUACCUCACCCUGUGACUGAAGGCAUCAGACUUGACAAAAAAAGGUAACAAAUUAACACAGAUAUAAAUUUACUCAAUAUUAUUUAUUAACAAGUUGAUCAUUAGCACAGAGCAAAAAGAAGUUAGAUUUACAUGUUAACAUUUAGUGCAAAAGCAUAGACAGACAGAAUAUGGAGCGAACAGAAUCACUGUUUCUGUGUUUGAUAUUAAUUAAAAGAAAAUGAAGACUGGAUCAGAACGCUGGAUCGGCGUCAUUCAUCAGAUAUCUGAUCCAGUUAAUUUGUCAAUAUCAGAGCCGAUAUUCGAUCCAAAUAUCAGAUCGGUGCAUCUCUAGUUAUUCAUAACCACUGCUCUAAAUAAAGAUAGCAUGUAAACUCCAGGACCACUCUUACUGACCUUAUUCUACAUGCAGCUAUCAAACCCACCCAAACCUACUUUACCCUCCAUCACUAAAAUCACCCUGUGAACACGUGUCUGUAGGAAAAAACAGGUUUUGGAUCAGGGAAACAAAGAUGUCUUCAAAGAUGUCAAAGGAAAUGCUGAAGAUACUCAGAGACCCAUGAUACUCAGACAAACACAACAUCAGGAAAAUCACCCGAUGGCGAUCGUCUUCUCGGGUUAAACAUCUUUCCUCUCUCUCUCUCUCUCUUCUUCUAACUUCUACCAUCCUCCUCCUCCUGCAGGCUUGAGAGGGAUUCCCUGAAGAAGAAAAAUGCCAGCGAGGCUGAAGCUGAUGUGACACAGUGUGCUGGAAGAAGAAGGCUGACUCAUCAAAUAUCAACCCUCUGGGACUUAGCAGCCGAGAGCAGCUCAUAUCAACUAAUGCCGAGCUAGAAGUGCAACUCAUACCCCCCCACCCAACCCCCUGUCCCCCUCAAAUCUCAACAAUAGAGAUUAUCAGACAGAAGAAGACGGUGCAGGAAUAUCUCCAGAGACUGCUGACCUGCUGCUGCUGCUGCUGCCAAGAAAGCUCAGAAUGGCGUCACAGCGCUUCAGCUGAAACCUCAACAACUGCCUGAUCCCCCCUCCGGCCUGCAUAUUGAAACAACCAUCAGCUGAUAAAAACACGGCUCUCCCACCCCAACCAUCUGCGUGAAGUCGCUCUCAGCCCAUCCUGGUGGUGUCACAAUACUCCAUCCCCUCUGAAACCCCGCCUCACAGACCAUGAUGUUUCGUGAUCAGGUGGGAGUGCUUGCGAGCUGGUUCAAGGGCUGGAAUGAGUGCGAGCAGACGGUGGCUCUGCUGUCGCUGCUGAAGAGGGUGAGCCGGACCCAGGCCCGCUUCCUGCAGCUCUGUUUGGAGCACUCUCUGGCUGAGUGCACUGAGCUGCAGGUCCUCGAAGGAGAGGCCAACAACCCAGGUAAGAUCACGUCUCCAUACACCGAAUAUGAACAUGUGUCCUGAGGCCUUCACAGAUAAUCAUGAAGGAAUGAACUGAGGAGGUUUAAAGAUGGCCCCUCAGUUCACUCCUACAUGGUUAUUAGUGACGCCAACAGUACAGAGAGUAUGUAGCUGUGAGUGAAGAUGCUCUGCUGGGUAGACUUUGUGAAGUUAUGUUUCAUAAAUGACCACAAGUAUAGUUUUCAGUGUUGGUCUUUAUAUACAAGAAUGUUUCAGGCAGAAGUUAAAGCCGAUCAAACGCUUCGAUUAUACGCAGGGUUGAGUGAUGCUGCUGCACCUGUGGCGCUGAGGUGAAACACAAAAUACUUUUACCAACUGGUGUCGUGUACAGCUGACAUUUAAGAAGAGUGUUGACAGAGAAAAGAGUGUAAGAACACGCUCUGAUAUUUUUCACAACGGUUUGAAAAAGUAAACAGCAGUAUCGCUCAGGUUAGCUCGAUUAUCUGCAUUUACUCUAACUGUGUUAGUGUUUAUUUUAAUAACGAAUGUCUGAUACUUCAUGAAUUUUACUUUAUAAUAAAGGAGGAAGGAGGUUUAACUUGAACUGAAAAGAGAGAUCAUCAGCUGUUGAAAUGUGAUGUUGGUAGGGCUGAGCGAUACGGGGAAAAGUUUAUAACGAUAUAUUAUUUCCUAUCAGCUGAUAUCGAUCAAUAUCAGGAUAUAAAAAUCUAUCAGUGUUUAUUGGUCUCAUGUCUUUUCCAACACAAUAAUCUCCUGCAUCUGUGAGGUCUUUGUGUCUCUUUGGCGUUUUGUCGUAAGGCGUCGCUCUAGAGAAAGCCGACUGAAUGGUCGUCUGUUUCGGCUCCUCGCUCCUCUCGGGGUUUGUAACCUUUUGCGUUGCGCGUGCUCUGCGGCGUGGCGCUGCUUCAGGUGGUGAAAAAGAUUUGAGGUAUUCCCCGACUUUGUGAGAACAUGUACUCGACAUAAUUUACAGUCCACAUUACUCUGCUUCAUGUCCGACCUCCAAAAACCAAAAUACCUCCACACCACCGACGUUUUCCUAACGCCAGUGUUGUGGUUGACAUUGAUGUGGUCAUCUGUUGAGCCUUCAUGGUCAUUUCUGUCGGGGGUAGCACUCAUUUUCUUUGUUUCUCACCAACAGUGCUGUCGGCUUCACCUGUUAAAGUGCUAUGGUUGGGUGGAGCUGCUGUCUGCUACGACGCAGCAGUUGGUUGAUACUUGGUUCUAAUUCAGAACAUGAUUGGUUCAGACCCGGAGACACUCCACUUUUCAUUGGCUGUUCGUAUAGUCGACCAAAACAUGUCAGAAUGACGACUAUUGAAAAACAUAUUGAUCAUGUUUUAUAUUGAUAAUGAGGGAAAUUAAUUUUGAAUAUAUAUCGUUAUCGAUUUAUCGCCCAGCCCUCGUUGUUGUUGUCAUACGAGCCUCUUGUCCAGGUCUGGGUCUGUGUGUUCGGUCUGUGAGGAGUAAAAGAUGUGAUGUUGCAGGUGCGUGUGUGCGUGUGUGUGUGUGUGUGUGUGUAGCAGUGUAACAGACAACAAUCACCCUGUCUCCUAUCUGCCUUUAUGCACCUGAUUCGUUUCUUUAGAUAAAACAGAUUAGCAGCAGCAGCAGGUUUUUUCAGGACGACCAUGUACCACUCCGUUUUUGAAAUCUCAUAUUUGAGGACAGGAUAGGAGGGAUGUGCUGGACCUCUGACUCUGGGCUGGUGCCAGUUACCACACUUCAGUGUCCAUAUAUCCAACAGACAUCACUGUCAGACUCUGGCUGUGACAGAGGAGUGUGUAGAAGUCGUUGAUCGGUCUCAUUAUUGAACCCAACAUCUGCUGAACUUCUCUCUCUCUCUCUCUCUCUCUCUCUCUCUCUCUCUCUCUCUCUCUCUCUCUCUCUCUCUCUCUCUCUCUCUCUCUCUCUCUCUCUCUCUCUCUCACACACACACGGGGGCUCCUCACUGGCACGAGGGUCCGUCUGCUGUCCCAAACAUUCCUGAAUCUCCAUCCAGAGGAAUAAAAAGCUGAAUCACUGCUGUUAUGAAACCGUCUCAUAAAGAGUGAAUGUGGAAGAAGGAUGCUGCUGCGGGGGGUUUGUGUGUGGACUGUUAACUCAGCUGGCACUGGAGACAUCAGUCAGUCAGUCAGUCAGUCAGUCAGUCAGUCAGUGUGCCGGUCUGUAGUGCUGUAUCGCUCUCUUGGCUGGUUUUGCGCCAAGGCGUCCAGGGGGGGUUCUGGCUGGGUUUUGUUGCAUCAGACUGCAGCGUGACCAUGGAAACAAAAACCCUGGCAACCAACUGGGCUCAUGAAAAAUAGAAAGAAGUGCUGCUGCUGCUGCUGCUGGAGAGCAUGCGCCUGUGUGUACCUAUGGCAACAUCUGCAUUCAGCAACACAUCUGAUGGCUGAGGCCGGACUGACAUCAUGGUCCUGCCCUGCAGAGAGGGAGAGACACACACGCUCACACACACACACACACACACACAGACACACACACUCACGCUCUCACACGAUGACCUGGAGUUUCCAUCAGGGUUUACAGAGGGCAGCGGCUGCACUUAAAGCUCCAUUUUAUUGUUUAAUAUGAAGCAGAAACAUCAAAGUUCUCUGUAUGAACUUUCCUCUUAAUGUCGUGUGAGUCAGAGCGCCUCCUGUGGUCGCCGUGGUUACACUGGAGUCACUCUUAAUUAAAUCCGACACUCUUAAUGAAUCGACUGAAAGUCUCUGAUUGAUGGUUCUGUCCUCAGUGACUCGGUGAGGGUCUGAGGUUCUAACCGGUCCAUUCGUGGCUGAGAUCGGUGUUUCAGGGUCAUAACAGCGGGACUAACUAAUGUAAUGGCUGCUUUCAUAGUCGACCAGUUAUUGAUUAUUGAAAUGAUUGAUCAGCUGAUCGGAUAAUGACUUCAUGGCUCUUAUCUCACUCUUGGCAGCAGCGUGUCACACAAACAUACAGGACCUAUCCUCUGCCAUGGUGACCAUAAUAAACAGAUUCUUUUUUUUUUUUUUUUAACUUUAUUUUUAUCUUUUAAGGCAAACUUUCAAACAUACACGCAAAUACUGUACAAAACAAAACAAAACAAGGACAAGAACAAGGGGGGCAAACACUACUCAGUUACAUACAGGUGCCAUUUAGUCCAUCUUACAGCAUAUAGCUCAGCUUUAAUUCGUAGUCUGUAAGUCAUUUGUUCCAUUGAUCGGAUUUCCUCUACAAUGGUCAGCCAGUCACUCAGUUCAGGUGGAUCAGUUCUUAGCCAAGUUCUUGUGAUGGCUUUCUUAGCUGCAAGAGAUAGGACCUUGAACAGGUAUAUGUCCUCUUUACCCAUUACAUCUUCUAAUAUCAGUCCAAGAUAAAUAAACCGGGGAUCUUUGGGUAAAUUAUAUCCAAAAACUUUACCCAUGACUCUCAGGACCUCAUCCCAAAAUGUCUGUAUUUUCGUACAUGACCAAAAUAUAUGAGAGUGGUUGGCAUUCAGUUGCCCACAUUGUCUCCAACAAUGCUGUUGUUGACCUAAUUGUUUAUUUUUGAUUUUUGGUGUAAUAAAUAGACGUGUCAAAUUUUUCCAACCGAACUCCCUCCAUGUUUUAGAACUUGUUGAUGUAUGUUGGGUCUUGAGCAUGGUCUGCCAAUCACUCUCAGAUAAUUCAAUGCCGAGUUCUUUUUCCCAUUUCUCUUUUAUAUACAUUGUGUUUCUUCCCUGUUGCUUCAAUAAACCUUUGUAUAGCUUUGAGACAAUUCUUAAGGGGGGUUGCUUGAACGCGCCUGUUAAUAUUUCGAUCACAUCAUUCCCCUCCACAGAAAUUUCCCUCUUAACUUCUGUCUCAUAAAAGUGUCUAACAAACAGAUUCUUAUGUACCAGUGUUGAAGGCAGCUCUUCUCUGUGGUGUAGUGGAAAAGCUCUCUUUAGUAGUUUUAAGACACAGUGAUAUUCAACCUUUAGAAAACCUGCUUCCAUUUGAGCAGGUUUCAGAUGUUUAACUGUUAGUUUGUGCAGAAACCACCGUCUUAACCACCUCAGUCACACAGUCUUCAUUCAUACAGACAGAGCCAACUUCAGCACAGAGUCAGUCUUACGGAGGUGUUUCCUGAGAAAAGUCUGAACAGUCAGAUUUGUGACUUAUUGUUAUUACCUGCUGUUUCUUCAUUCAUCUGAUCGGACAUCUCCCCUCUCGCAGCAGUUUUUGGCGUCUAACUAUAGAGAUGGUCAGUCUUGAUUCUGAGGUUCCUGUUUGCUGUCGUAGGUCAUAUUGAGGCGUCAUGUUCAUGUUCUGGAUCAGAGAUCAGCUCAUGUUCCACCAAACCUGAUAAAAACUGUGAUCUUAGAGAAACUCCCUGCUUUGGUUUUCUCCUCUGAACAGACCGAUGAUGAUGAUGGUCUGCUCCGUCUCUGUCAUCAUCAGGUCUGUGAUUUCAGUCUGUGGUCACCGUGUGGUCGACGAUCACUCUGAAGAAAAGUCCCUUUUUUUUAUAACCACGUCGUCUCUGACUUCAUCAGUCUGAUUCAGAAAACAACACAUCUGGAAACCGCUCUAAGAAUAAGAAUAACUUUAUUGAUCCUCCGAGGGAAAUUUAGUAUUCUAUGUUUAUAAUUCAGAUAAUAAUAAUUAAUUAAUCUAUUAAUAAUAAUAAUUCUGGACGACUAAAGUCAAAACGAAGCGAGCAGAACACUUAGUGAGUCUCUAAACCCUAAAAAAUCAUAAAUGAUAGAUAUUACUCUUGAGGGUAUGUUGUCCUCUGUACCAGUAUUUUUAUAAACUUCCUUACGCCAGUGAAAAUAAAAUAAUGUCUGUACCUGUUAAUCAGAAAAAUCAACUCCUGGGCCCUCAGAAUAUUAAGAUUUUUGGUUUUUAGUUUCCAGCCUGCAGACUGACCGUGCUGGUGCACAAAAUCACUGAGCUCUACUUUAGUCUGCAGACAGUCCUCAUGUUGGGACUUUAAGAAAACAGAGACCAGCUGACAUUUGGGUCUCGAUCAUAACAUGUGCCAGUUUAUAAGAGACUUAACAGUGUUUGUUGACCUAUGAGUGAGGAGUGUUACCCCCGACCUCCACCUUCAUCCUGAUCGUCUCCUAAAAGGUCGUAUCCUCCGAUCGUAGCUGAUCGUAACCAUUCAAGUUAACGUGUCAAUUUACACCGACUUCUUUCCGUUCCUCUGCGGAUCGCCGGACUCCUCAGCUGAUCGCAAGAGUUCUAUUUUUUCUGGACGCCGGAGCAUGGCGGAUAAAUUCAGCGCAGAUUAACCCGUGCUGGAAAGGAAGUCGGGCACAGACACAAAAUAAAACAUCCGGCUUCUUUUCAAAAUAAAACACUCCGUGUUUCAGGAGGAUCGUAUUUCACACCAUGCAAACGGGCGGAGACGAACAAGUGAAAGGUUUUUAGACGUCAUUUCACCCCGAUGACACCAUGGAUGAGGAGAUGCUGAUUCUAGAAGUCUAGAAGUAGAUUUCCUCCUCUGGAAGGACACAAUCUACUGCUUAUAUGUCUAUGUGUCUGUCUUUAGAGAGACGACUCGUUAUCGCACGAUUGAACGUGAUUCAGCGGGUUCUUGUGAGUUCUUGCGAUUCCUGCUGUCUGUAAUCCGCCACGAAAUUCGCCUCACACACAGAUCCGGUGGGAAUUGGCGUACAGCGAAAAUCACCGCUGUUCCGGAUGCCGGGUUAGGGAUGUAGUGUCUGUGCUGGAGGGCAGAGCAGAGGCACACACCGCGGUCAGGAAGAAAUAGAAGAAGAAGAAGAAGUGUCAUUAAGUUUGUAUUUUGAUAAAGUAAGAUCGCUUCAGUCGGUGCAGACGAUUACAAAACUCUCGUUAUAAAGACUCCGUCUAAGGAACACCUUCUUCAGCAGAUUUUAACGAGCUUCUACCUUUAGUGGCUCCAGGUUCAAACUCGGUCUCCCACCUGUGUCAGCUUGUGGUGGCUUCCUGUCUGCUGAUUCAGCGUGGAAAGGUAGCAGCGGCGGCAGGCGUGUUUGAGCUCUGUAGACUUUACAUCAGGACAGACACGCUGCUGAAAAGAGAGAGAUUGAGAAGGUUGUGGAGUUACGUGAUCCCUCUGGUAUGUUGUGGUAGCUUGUUUGAGAGCGUAUGUGCCAGAGUAAGGCUGAUACAUCAGUCUGCUGUUUAAACCAGAGCGGCGGCGGCGGCGGCGAGCUCAUAUCUGAGAAAUCUGAGAAACCCUUUCUUUGACUUUUUAUCAGAAUUUACUUAAAACUCUGAAGGAAACAGAGUCCUGAAAACAUUUAUAAAGAUGAUCAGAAAUAGAAAUACUCACAGUCUGAUAAAGUCUGAGUCUAAAAAUAGUCCUCUGACGGCCAGGAGGUCAAACCUUUUUAGUAUCUGCUUCAGACCCAGAGACUUCCUCCUCCUCAUCGUAGACCCGGUCUAAGUAAACCCUGAGUUACUCACUGAGUCCGUCAUGGUGACUUCGCUCAGUCAGCAGUAAUCUGUCCUCCAUGAGAGCCGCCGGCCGCUGAAGGGUUAACCUGCAGCUGGAAGUCUUGAGCCGAGUGGAAAAGCGCAACUAUUUGGAAAGCGCUGUACAAAUGAAUGGAAUCCUCAGUGACCUACUUCUGCUGCUGCUGCUGCUGCGGCGGCGGCGGCGGCGAGGAGAGGCGAGAGAGGCCGGGACUGAGGCCGCCUUGUUUUAGGACCUGGAGAGUAGGGAUGAGACUUUCUGUAACUUUAGAGGAGAGACCCUCAUCAAUAUGAAAUCACAGUCCACUGAAGCAGCUGAGCGUGUUUAUUUUCGUGAUAUUUCUGACCGUUGUUGGUUCUCUGGUUCCCCCCAGUGAGACUAAAACCUGAUGUUGAUGUGAGAAAGUUCAGAUCCUGGUUUUAUUCUGCCUGCAGCAGCGUUUCACUCGUGGUUAUUGAGGAAUGUCACUUCCUGUUUUUCCUCCCCCUCGAGGAGAACAAAACGUCUUUUGAGACAAUCUGAAGAGGGACAAUAUCCGAUCAACUUGACAGGACAUGAAGAGAGCUGUCUGAGGGACCAAACACACACACACACACACACACACUAAGCGGGUGUAGUAGAGUUAGUGUAAGGGGUGGGGUUGUGAGCGAACAGUGGGCCUGGUGUUCUGAAUGACUAACUUCAUUUUCCUGUGGCGGCGGCGGCGGUGGUGUGUAUUGCUGACCUGGCCGCCUGCUCAACUAUUUGAGCUGGAAGGAAGGAGGCAGGCGGAGAGUCGGCGUGUACGAGGGAGCAGAGACACUCUCACGCUCUCUCUCUCUUUACCGCCAGAGUCCGUCAACUCAGUCAUCAGCUGAUUCAAUGAAACUUUCACCAAAGUGGAGUACGAGAGAACUGAACGCUUUCUUAACAUUCAGUCAAAAGGAGAAUAAACAUCCAAACUCUCACUCACCUCUGAGAAAGGUGAACUGUCUCUCUUCAGUGUCUGGUCUGAGUUCAUCCAUCAGGUCUACAUGAACUUGGAGGAGGAGGACUUUGUGGUGGUUGGUGGUCUACAGGUUUCAGUCCUGUCAUCAGUGUCACGCUCUUCUGUAAAACCAUCAUACCCGUUUAAACAUGCGUGUCAGUGUAAACAUAAAAAAACAUAAAAGCAUGAUACAACGGACAGUAACUACCAAUAAAUAAAAUACAACAAUAAAUAAGUUAAGACCACGUUAGAAAGAGACAGACCACACAAACAACGGGUGGUCUUCACUCUCAGGACUUCAAAUCUCCGUCCGGAUGGAAUCAGGGGAUAGAUCUGUGACAUCCACAUAGGUUGGACCUGCUCUGGUUCUUCAAAGCAGAACCACUAAUCAUCAGAGAUCUCCUCCUCUUCCUCCUCUUCUCCCUGCUGCUAAAACAAGUUUCAGUUUUUAUCAGUGAGAGUGAAGAAAGAGAUUUAACAACCAAGUCUAAAGUCACAGAAAUUAACAAGGUAAGGCCAAUUUAAUCCAAAUUAGAGCAGACUGAAUCAACCGUCUUCAAAAACAGGAACUAAACUAGUGAGUGGAGACGAAACACUCGGAGACAACUGAGGAAAGUGAGGAGGAGGAGGAGGAGGAGGAGAGCUCAUCAGGUUAUGGAGAAGGAGGUGAUCAUGCAGGUGACAGGUGGGAGUGGAGGGGUCUGACAUGAUCCAGGAGAUGAGCAUAAAAAUAAACACACUUAAGACAGAAAUAAUAAAAACCAAAACCUUCUUUAUCUUUAACCUUUAGAGUCAAGAAAGACAUUUAUAAAUAAACAAAUAUUAUUAUUAUUAUUAUUAUUAUUAUUAUUAUUAUUAUUAAACUCUUCUUCUUCUUAUUGUUAUUAUUAUUAUCAUUAUUAUUAUUAUUAUUAAACUCUUCUUCUUCUUCUUAUUGUUAUCAUUAUUAUCAUUAUUAUUAUUAAUAAACUCUUCUUCUUCUUCUUAUUGUUAUUAUUAUUAUUAUUAUUAUUAUUAAACUCUUCUUCUCCUUCUUCUUCUUCUUCUUCUUCUUCUUCUUCUUCUUCUUAUUAUUAUUAUUAUUAUUAUUAUUAUUAUUAUUAUUAUUAUUAUUAUUAUUAUUAUUAUUAUUAUUAUUAUUAUUAUUAUUAUUAAUAAACUCCUCACACCUCUAGUCAAGGUUUCGACUUCAUGUGACGACCAUCACUAUAAUCCUCCAAUAUCCAAACAAGCAUAGAAGAAAGAUGGUCACUGGUAAUGUGGCGUGAUCUGGUGAUGUGUUGAGAUCCAGGUGUGAGUGUAGACCCCCUCACACAAAUGUUUACCUCCAUGAAGAACCAGGAGAAACCUUGAAGGUUUAGAUAAAUGACCAGGACACGGGUCACUCUGGAUUAUCUCCAGAAGGAACCCGAACAAACCCGUGGACUCACGGUCAGCUGACCUCAGAUGGAGCUCAUGGUGUCGGACUUCUUUAAAUGUCUGAAUCCAUGUGAGCUGUGAAGGUGUGGGUUAUUGGAGUGUUCUGGUAUCUGAUUGGUUCAUAGACUGGCUGUAGUUCCUGUGCUGUUUGAGUUUUUUGCACAGGUAUUAAAACCGUCUGACCGGAGAACCUCAGCUGUUCCUCUAACCCGAUGAAGAGUGUCAGAGGUUCUCGUUGACCUGUUGUUGUUUCUUUUUCAGAACCAAAUGUUUGUUUUUUUGUUUUUGAGCUUCAACAGUUUCAGAGAAGUUUCUGGUUCUGUCUGAAUCUAGGUCAAAAAAGGACUUCCAGCUGAAUGAUUACUUUUCAUCAGGCAGCAGCUUUUACUCCUGAUGUUGUGGUGAGAGAGAAAUGAGUCUGUAUGAGAAAACUGAGUCAGAGGGGAAGUCAGCAUUGUAUAAUGGUUAGUAUUACUCAGUGGAUUCCUGCUCCGCUCUCUGCCUAAACUAGGUCUGAUGAAAAGCUGGGCUGGAAAUCAGCAUUCCCGGCUGAGGCGGUAAACGGUUCCGGUGUUGGGGAUACUGUCUAGGAAUGUGGGCACGUAGGAGCACACUUGAGUCAGGCGCUCUCUGAGGUUGGACGGGGGCUUUUCCAGCGUGGGGGGAAAAAGACACAGUGGAAAAGGAAAACUGAUUCCACCUUCAGCGGCGCUAAGGUCUCCUGAGUACACCGCGGUAUUACAGAGGGGAGGAGGAGGAGGAGGAGGAAUGGGUGGGUAGGAGGAAGGAAAGAAUGGAGGCUCAGAAAAUACUGGUACCAUUUUUAACAGAACUAUUUACUCUGCAGGUCUGACUUUCUUCAAGACCUCAUGGUGACAAACAGACUCUGAAAAGGUUCACUUUGUCUUCAUGAAGAGCGGCGGGCUGAGAGCUGAUAGAAAACGCAGGAAAAUAAAUGUAUGAUCACAUUUUUACAAAGUCGAGACGCUUCACUGCAUCUCCCAGUAACCCUCUGUAAGUGUUGGGGGUCCGAGCAGACCAGUUUUCUGGACUUUUGAAGGUGGACUGUUGUCCUUCCCUGAUAGAGGAUUUGAGCGGACCACCAGUCCGGGGUCUGCGUUCUCAGGUCUUUUUGCAGCUCUGUGACGGGUCGGCUCCCCUCUAUUAUGGAGUUAUCGUCCGUGCAGAAGCUGGUUUCCUGUUGUACCUGAAGAAAGUGUUUCACAGAUUUUAUCUUCUACUCCACUUAUCCGUUUCAGUCAUGGGUGGGCUGGAGCCUAUCCCAGCUGUCAUGGGGCGAGAGGCGGGCGGGGUACACCCUGAAUCGGUCGUAGGCCUGUCACGAUAACAAAUUUUGCUGGACGAUAAUUGUGCUACAAAUUAUCGCCGAUAAACGAUAUUAUUGACACAGUUUUUUAAAUUAUAGAUAAUGAUAUUAUAUGGCAUAAUAAUGCGAGUACACCCUGUCAAAAGUGAUAAACUUUAAUUUCCACACGAGAACAACACUGGUUGUUUUCGUUGACUAAAAUAUUUCCCUUUUCUCCCACGACGAAGACGUAACGUUGACGAGCUAAUCAUAAGUCGGAGAUGACUAAAAUGUGACGAGACGAAAGUGCGUUUACGUUGAUGGGACGAGACGAAAAUGACGAACAGAGUUGCAAAACUCAGUCAGUUAAACGCUAAACAUAUAGGAGCAGCUUCAGUCCGCUCUGACAGCUCUCAUCAGCCUGCUGUGCUCCUCCAACACACAGACACACACGCACGCACGCGCGCACACACACACGUGGAGUUUUUGACGAAAAGAAAACUGGUUUAAAGCCGAAAUAUUCCCACACUUGGGCUGUUGCGUUCGGUUUAGACACCAAAGCUGUCGUGUUCAUUCUGUUAGCUUGCUUUUCACUCACGACGCUCACUUGCAGCACUGUAUCCAAAAGUCUGUGUCUGUGUGCCUGUGCGCGCCUACGUGUACCUGUGCGCGCCAGCCCCCUCGUGACAAAGAUACUGAAUGACUGACAGGAGGGUUCACUAACUCCGUUCAUUCCGCUAUAGAGCCAACGCCCCCAGGUGCCGGGAACAAUGCACAGAGUGAGACCUCUUCUCUCAUCCAGCGUGUUUGGUAGCGAGAGAGGAGGAAAACAAACGCACGUUAAUUAUCGAGGCUGGCAAAGUUAUCGACCUCGUUUUUAUUUAUCGAGCGAUAAGGCGAUUUAUUGAUUAUCGCGACAGGCCUAAUCGGUCGCCAUAUAGAUUUCAUAGAUUUCAUAACCUGUACUAUCAAACACUGGUGACGCUGUCCAGGCCACAGGCGCCUGUGAAUCCUCUCCUCUCUAUAGGGCUCUAUGACGUCCGUUUUAAUGUUUUAGAAUUCAGUUUUUUACCUUUUGCACUUAUUUACUUCCGUAGUGUGUGUGCUUUCAGUGUCAGUUAAUAAAAUGAAAAUAUUCCUAAAUCUAUAGCUGUAAUACAUCAUUGCCUAGUAUUUCAAGUCAAAACAUCAUGUUGUAACAUAACAGUGUACCAGUAGGUGCUUUAAGUACAAAGUUUGAAUCGUUUUUAAAUGGUUGAGUAAAAGAAAUAACUGAAUGUUUCUCACGUGUGUUUUAGACGAUAAGUGGUCGUCACGUUUGGAUAUCGCUCGGCUCUGAACUUCGGAGACAGACACGAGUUUUGACGUUUUUUUCGUGGAUGUAGCCGAUGUCUCUGGUAGCUGUUGGACAUGCUGUUUAUUCAGGAGGGAGGGGGCAGGUCAGUGUUUGUGAAGAGAUGUACGAGUGGUGCCACAAAUCAGCGGUCCCCGAGAACAUUUCCCUGACAAACGUUCCUUCUCCUCACCACAACAGCAUUUUAGUCACAUUAUGGCAAUUCCCGUGAGAUUUCGUGUUUAACGGUAUAAUUUAUUGAAUUUAUUGGAUUCCCUUCGGGGAUAAAUAAAGUUCUUCUUCUUCGAUUCUGUUUUUAUUGGCCAAUUCAGCGAUUCCGUUAAAGCUGAAAUCAUAAGGCCUUAUCUCCGGAGCAGAGGUUGUCCAUGUUGUGUUGAUUUCCAAAAAAUAGCGUCAGGUUUUUUACCCGGUGUUCCCGGGUUCUGUGGUCUCCUCUUGGUGUGGUUCAGUUCCAGCCUUCAUUCUCGGCUGAAACUGCGUCCACUGGCAGUGGUUUAUAGUGGACGCAGUGAUUUCCUCCACAGAGUCAUGUCUGUUAUUUUUACAUGCAGUGCUUCCUGAGGAACGUAGCCUCCAGUAUUGGUUUUUCCCCUGAUCCUUGAAAAAAUGGCUGCUGCUGACGGCGAAGGAUCUGCCGAGGAUGCUGAGCGCUGAGAGGAACACUGAACUCUAUUCAGUUUUCAUGGAGAAAUGAGCCGGAUCAGUUCGCACAGCUCCUCACUGUAAUACUUGUGAUGGUUAGUGUUUCCUAACUGGAACAAAGACAGCAGUAAAAAUAAACAGGUGUAACAGCAGCAGCAGCAGCAGCAGCGCUCAGGUGUGUUGUGUGUUGUUGUUGUAACACCUGUAAUUGUCAACAUCCUCUCCAACAUGUCAUUGGCCAUUCUGUCCCAGAGAAAAGAAAACUCUUGUCUCCGUCCAAACUAUUUCGUCGCACCCCCGCAUGAGCAAACAGUUUAUUUCUGGAAGUUGACGGCGUGUUCUGUGAACUCGUUCUGAACCUCAGGAAUGGGGACAGACGACCUGCCAAAACGAGCAGAGGAGAAGAAGAAAUAAAGCUCGUCUUUUCCCCUCAGCUGCGACAGCAGAGGUUUCUGCUUCUUCUUCCAGGUGUUUGUGUGUCUUUAAAAACCAGAGGAGAGCAGACGACACGCUGAUGGAAGCUACGAGAAGCCUCAGACAUGUUGAGCUCUUGUUGUUUAUCUCUGAGAGAGACCAACAGCGUUCCUCUGAGAGUGUGGAUUAUGCAAUCAAGCUCCUCAUAAAGGCUUGUGGUUUUCCUUCCUCUCUGAACUCGUCUCAUCCUGGCUUUGCUGUCCACCAGCAAGUUUGGAUUACUGCAGCAUGUGCAUCUGUGUGUGUUUCACUGAACCUCAUCGGUCAGACACACGAUCAGCAGUCAGGACUGACAUUAGGGAGGUGUUUCAGAGUGGCGGAGGACACGCUCAAAACACAACUAACUCACUGUGUGAAGUGAGUUUAAGUUUGUUUUUGGAGAAGAUGAAGAUCUUCUAAAUCCAGAAAACACUGAACGUCUGCCUCAGUUUUUGAACAGAGAACAAAAGUGAUUGAUGAAUCUCAGAGACUCUCAAUCGAGAGCGGGUGGACUGAUGGUCAAUAAAAAUCUGUUUUUUUUACAUGUAAAGAAAUAUAACAAUUAUAUGUUAAAAAUUGAGAAAGAAGUCAUAUAUAAUCCCACUAUUCACAUUUUAACCUGAUCCAUCUUUGCAUCGUCAGGUUUAUGGCCUAUACUGCAGCCAGUCAGCAGAGGGAGCUCUACAUCUUUAGGCUUCACGAUCAGUAACAACUUGUGGUGUAUUUUUGAUGUACUGUCUGUACUAAUAAGAAAAAAAAAAAAAAAAAGCAGUUCUAAGAGUAAAUGUUACCCAGAUGGAGGGGAAAUUACUGUGUGACACCAAAGUGUUUCGAUAUGACCAGAUAUGAUAUAAUAUGAUACAAUACGACACAGUAUGAUAUAAUAUGAUACAAUAUAAUAUGAUACAAUUGGGUAUGAUACUGUAUGAUACAAUAAGAUAAAAUAUGAUAUGAUACAGUGUGAUAUGUUAUGUCAUGAUACGAUACAGUAUGACACGAUAUGAUACAAUAUGAUACAUUAUAAUACGAUAUGAGACAGCAUGAUAUAAUAUGAUACAAUAUGAUACGGUAUGAUAUGAUAUGAUAUAUAUGAUACAAAAGUGAACAACAUAACAGUUUUUUCUUUUUUUUUUACCUUGACAACAGCCUCAUUAUACAUCAAUCAUUGAUAAUAGUAAAAACCACUUUUCCGGCCUUAAAGGGGAUGUUGUGCAUUAAUUCAGACUCUAGACUUUCUCUCUGGUUUCUCUUUAAUAUCUUUAAAUGAUUUUCAGAUCAAACAAAAGGAGCCUUCUGUUUCUUAUUCUAAUGAAAUAUAAUUAUUUCAGCCUCUGUCUGAAACGCUUGCUUUUAUCCGUGUCAUUAACUACAGCUGUGUUGUCUUUUUCACAGCUGUACUAAAAAAAAAAAUCUAUUUUAGUAGUUAAAUAGUUUUUAUCACUAAGAAUAAUUCAGUGUCAAUGAAGGAAAACGAACGAAGAAAUAAAAAUAUGAAGUGUUAAUUUAGAUUGUGUUGUAGUUACAAGAGAAUACACAACAGAUGGUUCUUCUGUGUGUGUGUGUGCGUGCGCGCUUGUGUGUGUCAGUGUAUGUGUGGUUGAAGGGAGAGAGCAGAAGAGGGUGAGAACAGGUGAGGGAUACCAGUCUGUCUCAUAGAUGACCAGUCAGUCUGGUCCUGACCAAAGCAGACAUACAGGCGUAUAAUGUUUCCCCACAUAGCGGUCCAGACCCUCAGCCCGGCCCUUCCCCGUCCCCGCCCCACUCUCAGGCAGCUGGCUGUGCUAUACACUGCACUUCUUGUGUAAGUCGCUGUUUAAGCUCAGGAGCCAUCCAGUCUUGGCUGCACAAACAAGCAGGUCUCUACAGACAACAAGCCUGCACACUAAAUAACACAAGUCCACUCCGGAUCAGAAAAAAAGGGGGUCUUGGGUUCCCCACUGUCAGCAAGUGAAGUCUGGAAAACCCAAAACCUUCAGUGACUGUCAGUUUAACGUCACACUGAUUAAAACCUGUGGAUGUUUUUAGGACGACAUUAAAGGGGAACAUUUGACAUUUGACAACGCCCUCGAAGACACAUGUCAGAAAAGUUAGUAUUGGGGCGUAAUGACCUGUGUGUAAUAAUGACAUGUUUGUGUAAUAAUGACCCGUUUGUGUUAUACUGACCAGUGUAAUAAUGACAUGUUUGUGUUAUACUGACCCGUGUGUCACAUCCUCUCACUACAUUAUUGGACGAUGUUGGUAGGGCUGGACGAUAAAUAGAAAAUUUUACGAUAUUGAACUUUACGACAAUAACCGACGUCAUUUUGCUCAUAUCGGUAUAUUUGGUGUCAAAAAAAUCAAUAAAGUUGUUUUUGGAUGUGUGUAGGUAGUCUGUGGUCUCAUGUCCCUUUAAGACGCUGUCCUAAAUCAGAGACGUGACUCCACCCCAUCCAGUCUGUAACAAAGAGGGACAGACGGGUGAGGAGAUGGAGGACGGUUCAGAAGUUGGAGCGGCUGAAGUAGACGAAGUUAAAGUGGGAGGGGGUGAGCAGCUGGUGGAGUAGUUAUCGUCCAUUUAUCGUUAUCAAGGUGAACUGAUCAAUAUAUCGUGUUAUUGAUUUGAGGCCAUAUCGCCCAGCCCUAGUUAAUGAGUCAGGUGGUCUGUUUCCUCUUUGGAGCAGAUUUGAUUUUAGAUUAAAGUCCAUCUCAGACGAGGUGAAGUGGACUGUGUUUCUGGGUCACAGACGGCAGGUUUCAGAGUGGGUUCUGAGUUUUUGCAGUGAUGUCCACUUCAGAGACCUGUCUGUUUUUAAAGCAGACUGAGGACCUGAAGAUCAGGACCAUCCAGUCCUGUCUGUUUUGAACAGGUUUCUCCAGACUCUGAAUCUUUGGAUGAUAUUAUGAGCUGUAGAGACUGAACUCUCGUUAAACCUGUCGCUGGUGUCAGAUUACGAAUUAAUAAUGGCGUUCGAGUUGGAGGAUGUCCUCUGAGCAUUUGUUGUUAUAAUAAUGAAGGUGGGGGUCUUCUGUAAAUAUCCCUCCUCUGCAGGGGUCAUGACCUCUACAUGUAUUCAGGAGUGAGUUACCUUAAAGACUCGAGUUAUUUAAGACGUCAGUGAGUCCGUCUGUCUCAGCUGUAGGGACGAGUGUCUUUCGUUUGCAGCUUCAGCCUCGGCUGUGUCCCUGACUGUCCUCUCUGUCCUCACAUGAAUGGACAGUGGGGACACAGCAUGGUGCCACCAACCACACUCCUUUGCUUUUGACCGGUUGACGCUGUCUUGGCUGGUACACACAGACUGACGUCAGUCGAACCAGCCGGUGAGAGAGCCCCAUGGUAACGGUUGCCGUGGCGGCUGUACAGCAGCGGUCUUUGGAUCCUGAAAAUGACCUCACCGAGGCGGACCGCUGUGUUUGCUGCCCGCUCCAAGACUUACGGAGUUGGUCACCUCUGGGUAAAGACGGCUCCACCUCUCAUCUGGAUGUCGUGGUUAAUAAACAGAACAUGACCUCGAACGCAGCCCAGAAGGAGAGGAAACAUACCUCCAAGAGGACGCCAACCAUUAAGGGGGUCCCGAUACAACGUUUUGACUUCUGACACGAUACAGAUAUUAUAGCCUUCAGUAUUGGCCGAUACCAAUAUUGAUCCAAUAUUGGCACAUAAUUGUGCAUGACAAGUUUUUCUCUCAGCUGCAACAUCUUUUUUGGACUUAAAUGAAAAAUACUCCCACACAGCCGACAUCACUCCUACUCCUCUUUAGCGUCUGCUUCCCUUCCACAAAAAGGACGCUGGGGUGUAGGUUCGCUUGCAUCUGUGACUCAUUCAAUUAUCAGUCCAUUUUGAGCGUUAAAAAGGUGAUUUAUUGUUCCAGAAAAGAAAAGAAAAACACGUUGAUUCAGGUCUAAAACUUUUGCCUUGCAAUGAAAAAGUGAUGAGAUGAAAUGAGGUUAAAACAGGAUGAAUGAAACGGUGAAAAACCGUCAACAGAAAAUUCUCAGAGCUUACCGAAAACCAUUACCUGAGCACACCGGUGAGAUUUAAAUAACCCGCCAAACAUCCCAAAACCACACCCCUCAGUGACCAUCCCCGGACGUGACGUACCGUACAGUAGAAAUCAUCUCCUAAACAAAUAUAUUUUGGCUCUAACAUCCUCUCUACUUUAUUACUUUAGUACACACUGUUGCUGUGAUUUUGUGGGCCCUACAUGCUGGAUCUGGGCGCUGAUAGAUUGAGGUGCUGGAGCGGAGUCUGGAAUGGACUGGUUUUAUCAGAGAUUUUAGAUGCUGGUCGACAUAAUACGAUUUCUUCUUUUGCUGAUAUCGGACUGAUUUCUGAUAUCAAUAAUGUAUCGGGACAGCCCUACCCACCAUGUCAACAUGUUCUGGGAUCCUUGUUCAAAUCCGGAUGCUGGCGUUGGGCUCUAAGGCUCUGUUCACACUGCAGGUCAUUCUGUGUGAACAGGUCAGUUCUGAUUGGUUCUGAUCCGACCCAGGCCUCUUCUGUAUGUGGAUAUAAAUCAGAUAUGUAUCAGAUGUGACUGCAGUGUGACGCUCAGGUCGCGUUCAUCCGACCUUUACGUCAUCAAUAUGAGACAAACGUCACCAUUGUUCAACGAAACAAACAGGCGCAGAGAGCAAUGGCGAACGAGGGAACGGAGAACGGCCAUUGGUGAAAAGAAGAAACAUCAGAGUUGAUAAAUAUACGAGGAGACCGGUCAGUUCAAGAGUCACCGUUCACAUUAGAUGCUGCGUUCGUUGUUGUAAUGUGAACGACCGCACAAAAAGAUCGGAUUCAACAAAAAAUCUGAACCGUGCAUCAGAACCUGAACGUAGCCUGAGUCCGACUCCAGGUUUGAGCGGUGACACAGACUUUCUCACAGCCUCCAUCCCUCUGAACUCAGCGUCUCCUCCAGCUGUCGUCCCGUCACUGUUUUUCUUUCUGUUUCUUUGAGCUCCAUCUACUGUCACAGGGAUACGACCGGAGGCUGAAGUUGUAAAAAGCCAAGGAUUCUGGGUAAACCAAAGUUCACGUGACGUUUGCUUUGUGCUCAUCACAAGUUCAUGCCCACGCUGGAUGUGUAACUGAAGGAGGUAAAAGCAGGAACAGUAAAUGUGUCCUAAAGUCACAGACCCACCAAUCAACCAGUGACAACACACUUCUCUGUCUGUGUGUGUGUGUGUGUGUGUGUGUGUGUGUGUGUGUGUGUGUGUGUGUGUGUGUGUGUGUGUGUGUGUGUGUGUCUCUCUCCUUCUCGGCAGCAGGUUCGUGAAUAAACCUUUUUUAGCACAAAGGGAAAUGAAGCUCCUUCUUGUUCUGGAGAGGAGGAGGAGGAGGAGAAGUGGGUUGGAGUAGCGGAGUGAGGGACAGAGAGAGCGGCUGGUGGGCUCCUCCUGACUGCCAUUUCCUUAAAUAGAGUUGUGGGCUUCUGUGGUCCGGCCCUGGCAGAGUGGAGGCUCACAUUCCCAACAUAACUGCAAUCUCCACAUUCAGAGCUUUACCAACACCGGAGUGUGAGGUAGACUUCCACAGGUAGACUGCAGAUCCUUCACGUUAGCUUCAGCUCCCAGACGUCCUACCAUCAGCAGGGGAGAGGAGGAGGAGGAGGAGGAGGAGGAGGGGAUGUCGGAAAAAGACUUGAGAGGAAGUAAGAGAGGAGAGGAAGUGAAGGAUUGUUCUUCAUUCAUGCAAAAGCGAAGAAUCCUCCCCCACAGUCGAGAGGGAAACAACUGUGGUUGGAUUUGUGUCUGAUUGAUUAAAAAGAUCUCAGAGUUUUUCUUCAGCGCCUGGAACAAAGGAGUCGAUAAGAAGGUCCCAGGUCCCUCAGCCCCUGUAGAUAAAAACAAACAUCAUCCAAUAAGUGGAGAAAAGCUUUCUGUGAAUAAGGAAGAGAGAGAGAGAGAGAGAGAGAGAGAGAGAGAGAGAGAGAGAGAGAGAGAGAGAGAGAGAGAGAGAGAGAGAGAGAGAGAGAGAGAGGGAGAGGGAGAGGGAGAGAGAGAGAGAGAGAGAGAGAGAGAGAGAGAGAGACUGAGAGAGAGAGAGAGAGAGAUGAGUCGUCAAUAAGUUUCCACAACACUCAAGAAAACCGAAUUAUCGCCUUAUUCCGAUGAAGACCAGACAACUGAAGGUCAUGUAAACACCUUAGUCCGACUAUAAUCAGAGUUUAAGAACUCAGAUUAAUUCACCCAGAUAAUGUGAUCGGAAUUCGAUGUUGAUCAGACAGUACAUGUGCGCCGUGCCCCCGUAACCCCAUAACAAACCCCCAGAGUAGAGGAGUAGCGUUGGUCUCCUCUUUAGAAAAAGUAGCGCGUCCAUCAUGUCGGACAAAAACAACGCUGUACGAUGCUCCAUCUUCUUGUUUCUCCAAAAUGCCCAGCAGCAGUUGUAGACACUUCUGACGUCUGACACCGACCUGCUGUUGUUGUUGUUGACGGUUGGAUGGGGUCGGAAACAGCGCCGCUGAAAAGACCCAUAUCGCCCCCUAGUGUUGGGGAGGAGGACACGUUCACGUCAAUAAUUCAGUUUUCUCAGCUGCAUGUAAACGAGGACGAGGAGAGAAGUCUGAUUCAGAGAAAAAGACGAAUUAUGAGUUUAGUCUGAUUAAACUGAGACUGUAAACGUACUGAGUGAGUGAAGACCAUAAAGUUCUAACAAAAAUCUUCAUUAUAUUUAACAUAUGACUUUAUUAAACUGAUGAAACUGAGUCGACACCCCUGAGACUCUGAAGGACAGUCAAUGAAAACAGGAGAACUUCAGUUUGAGUUUAUUUUGACGUGACGGUGAAUAAAAAUGAUGAACCCGGACUGGAGGACGUGUCUGCUGAUCAUUGAUCCAGUUUAAAGGGUUCUGGUGUUGGCUGACCCGGUUCAGAUGAGGUCCAGAGUCGAGGAUACUCCUAUAGUGAAGGCGGUAAAACUGAUGAGAGCAGGAGCUGAGACGAUGAUGAUGAUGCUUUUCCUUUUCCUCCUAAAGACACACACACAGACACACAUGCAGGUGCUUCCCUCUGUGGAAGGACACACACACACACUCACACACACACACACACACACACACACACACACACACAGAGAUCUUGCCCUCUGUUUAAAACAUUACUCAGUAUAAAUAAGAGCCGGUUUACACGCUCUCUCUCUCUCUCUCUCUCUCUCUCUCUCUCUCUCUCUCUCUCUCUCUCUCUCUCUCUCUCUCUCUCUCUCUCUCACAGACUGUUGUUGUUUUUUCACGUCCUCUACACUGAGCAGGUGUGCUGGCUGUGAUGAUGAUGAUGAUGAUGAUGAUGAUGAUGAUGAUGAUGUCGAUGUCGUCUGACUGCUAUGAAAAGGUGGACUUCCUCUUCCUGGUCUAUUCUGGUCUCAGGUCUCUGAUGAAACCCCCGGAUACUCGCUCCUCCUCAGAGCGGUUUCAUUCAGCAGGAGUUCCUUCACUGACUCAGACACACUGAUCUUUAUUUAACAGUCAGAGGACAGACUUCUGUUUUUGAUUUUAUCUUUUUAAAAUCAUUUAAAAUCAUUUAAAUCAGACCCCCUCUGGUUUUAUUGAUGUCCUCUUUUUUAAACUUUAACGACUUUAAAUGAUUUCCUGACUUUCUCUUUGUUGUUGUAUCCAGUAAAUCAGGAGUUUUAAUCAUUGAUAAUACACCAGCAUGUAAAGGCAGAGGAACUAAAACAUUAUUGAUAAUGAAAGUAGGAGGAGCCUAACAGAGUCAGUGAGUUCAGACCCGAGCGUGGAGCUCUGAGAGUGAACCGAGGCUGAACCUGAACCUCCGUGAUCUCAUGUCGAUUCUGUUCGAUCAUAUUUCUGUUACCUGUUUGAACAGCUGGAGGCCGACAUGAUCCUGUUUCCUUCUCCUCCAAUAUGACCCAAAAAUGGAAAUAUCACUUCCUGUCUUAUUGUUGAACGGCAUUCUGGGAAAGAGAGGAACUUUGCACAUGGAUUUUCUGAACUAGAGGAAACAGCAGCUCUACUCCUCUUUUCUUCUUCUUCCUCCUUCUCUCCUUCCUCCUCCACCUCCUCCUGCUCCUCCCCCCUCGGCUCUCUAAGUCAGUUAUGUGUCAGUAGGUCAGGAUGAGGCCAAGGUCAGGCUCUCUCUCCCUCUCUCUCUCUCUCUCUCUCUCUCUUUGUCCCUCUCUCUCUCUCUCUCUCUCUCUCUCUCUCUGUCUCUCUCUCUCUCUCUCUCUCUCUCUCUCUCUCUCUCUCUCUCUCUCUCUCUCUCUCUCUCUCUCUCUCUCCUGUUGACACCAGUGAACCUUCUAGUCUCAGUCUAACCCUUGUAACCCCCCCACCCCCAUUUUUCCCGCCCUCUCCUCUCACACGUGUGUGUGUGUGUGUGUGUGUGUGUGUGUGUGUGUGUGUGUGUGUGUGUGUGUGUGUGUGUGUGAGAGUGUGCACAAGGCCCUGGAGCCUGUGUUGGGGCCUGUGGGAGCCUGUCUGCACUUCUUGUUGGGACAUGGUCUCUCUCUCUCUCUCUCUCUCUCUCCCUCUCUCUCCCCCUCUCUCUCUCUCUCUCUCUCCCCUCUCUCUCUCAGGGUGGGGUGAAGUUGUAUAGCAUUAGAUCAUAUAUUCUGAGCACCACACCUUCCUCUCUGUAAAUACUCUCUCCCUCUCUCCCUCUCUUCUUCUCCUCCUUCAGUAUUUCAGUUGACCUCUGUUUCUUCUUUUCUUCAUUUUUUAUCAUUUCAUGUUCUCGUGUUCCUCUGUCAUGUGUUUUCUGACAGACGUGUUCAUGACUUUGUUUCGUCUCGUUGCGUCCUCCUCUCUAUUCUGUAGUUUUUGUCUUUCUCUUACUUUAAGUCUGUCUCUGUAACGAUGACUGUGGGUCUAAAAUCUCUCAGUGUCUCUGAGGGUAAAGACGCCGUCAGUCAGUCCACCUGGAUUCAGUAAACUUACAUGUCAUCAGUCAUGUUAGCGCUGAGACCAUGAAACACACACUUAGACUCUUCUAUCUCACGGGUUGUUCUCGGGCUGGAUGAUAUGUCCUCAAAUCAAUACCUCGAUAUAUUGAUCAGUUCACCUCGAUAACGAUAAAUGGAUGAUAACUACUCCACGGGCUGCUCAGCCCCUCCCACAUUAACUUCGUCUACUUCAGCCGCUCCAACUUUUGAACCGUCCUCCAUCUCCUCACCUGUCUUUACCUCUUUGUUACUGACUGGAAGGGGCAGAGUCACGUCUCUUACGUAGGACAGCGUCUUAAACCCCCUAAUCUCCACCUUCAUCCUGAUCGUCUCCUAAAAGGUCGUAUCCUCCGAUCGUAGCUGAUCGUAACCAUUCAAGUUAACGUGUCAAUUUACACAGACUUCUUUCCGUUCCUCUGCGGAUCGCCGGACUCCUCAGCUGAUCACAAGAGUUCUAUUUUUUCUGGACGCCGGAGCAUGGCGGAUAAAUUCAGCACAGAUUAACCCGUGCUGGAAAGGAAGUCGGGCACAGACACAAAAUAAAACAUCCGGCUUCUUUUCAAAAUAAAACACUCCGUGUUUCAGGAGGAUCGUAUUUCACACCAUGCAAACGGGCGGAGACGAACAAGUGAAAGGUUUUUAGACGUCAUUUCACCCCGAUGACACCAUGGAUGAGGAGAUUCUAGAAGUCUAGAAGUAGAUUUCCUCCUCUGGAAGGACACAAUCUACUGCUUAUAUGUCUAUGUGUCUGUCUUUAGAGAGACAACUCGUUAUCGCGCGAUUGAACAUGAAUCUGCAGGUUCUUGUGAGUUCUCACGAUUCCUGCUGUCCGUAAUCCGCCACGAAAUUCACGUCACGAAUGGAUCCAGUAGGAAUUGGCGUCCUUUCAGGAUGUGGUCCCGUAGCCUACCUACACACGUCCAAAACCAACUUUGAUUAAUUCAGUUUUUUUGACACUGAAUGUACCGAUAUGAGCAAAAUGACAUCGGUUACCAUCGUAGAUUUCUGUAUCGGUUAAUUUUCGGUUUAUCGCCCAGCUCUACGUUGUUCACAAAAAUCAGUAUUUUCAGAAACUCACAAACUGAGAGGAGAGCUGGUUUUGGAUCCUGGAGUCCUUCACUUCCAUCUUCAUCUCCUCUCACAUGAUUUUAACCACCUGACAGGUUCCUGAGUUUUCUCUGACCGCCCCCCUGAUUUAUGACGCUGUGCUCCUGUCUGUCUAUGAACUCAUUAGUUACUCAGUGUUACUGCAGGCUUGUUGUUUUAGCACAAUCUCACUGUUUGACCUUUUGAAAUGAUAGUUAUCAACAAUAUGACUUCUUGCUCUUCCUUCGAUUUUUGCUCCUGAAUAAAACUUUGCACUUUGCACACGGUCCCUCAAACUUCUGCUCUUCAGAGAGUCUGAGAUCGUCUGACUCUGACAGAUUUAUAUAGUUGUAGUUUCACAUGGCCAAACAGUGAAACCAGCUCUGUCACCAUCAUAACUUCUCCACCAACAGGACGACACACAGCCUGACCAGCAUCUCCAGUGUUUGUGUUCACCACAGAGCUGAGCGUGAUGGUCGGAGAGAGAGAGAGAGAGAGAGAGAGAGAGAGGGAGAGAGAGCAGUCUUACUUAAUGUUGAGCUUCAAUAGAGAAGGAGGGCUCAUUCAGUGUGUGUGUGUGUGUGUGUGUGUGUGUGUGUGUGUGCGUGUGUCCGUUAGGAAUCACUGCAUUCUUCAGCAGCAGGCUCUGUGGUAUGCCAGCACAUUCCCCACUGCUGAGCUGGAGAAUCCACUCGGAAAGAAGAAGCAGGAGCGGGAACUUUUCCUCUCUCCACCCUCCCACCUCUUCUCACUCCACCCAACCGUUACUCGCUCCGUCUUUACUCUUGUUCUCGAGGGUCUCCUUUCUCUCCCCUCACCGCUUCUUUUCACUCGCCCGCAGAAGUUUUCCUCGUUUCUCAGAGUCUGUGUUCGAGUCGAGGAUGUCUCAGUGUCUCUCCCUUUUGUCUUUCAGUCUCCUCUUCUUCGUCAUAACCCCUCCUAAACUAACCUCUCCUCUCCUCUCCUCUCCUCUCCUCUCCGCCAGUUUUCAUGUUUGUUUUGCUAACAGAGGAAGCUCAGGACAGAGGUUUAGAGGACACACACGCACACACACACACACACACACACAGCACAUACCAUGGACUAGAUUAACCCUCCAUGGUUACACCUCAGCUGAAGUGUCAUCUUUGGCUGAAACCUAAUAGGAGGAGUUGUUAGCUGGUUAUGAAACAGUCUCAUUUUAACUCUGCUGCUGCCUCUCUAUGACCCACAGAGACCAUCACUGAGAGACUGAGAACAGACACCGUUUCUCAGGGGUCACUCUCACUGGAGACCUCUGUGUGUUUACAGUUUACCCACUGAGAAACACGUCAGUGAGAGGGCGGGAGCGCGGCGUGGAAAUGAGCGAAGAACAGCGAGCGAAGAUAACGUCCAUAAAAGACGAACAGGCGUUCAGACCGAGUCAAUCAAUCACAGUUUUAGGACUGAACCUCCUGAAACUAGCCGCACUUCCUUUGACCUCUGCUGAUGGUCACAUGACCUGGUCGUUACGGCCGCUGUGUCUCAUGUCUCCUCAGAGAUCUUCAUCUGGUUUCCUCGGUCUGAGUUAGAAGUUUAUCCUGCUCGUCUACGCUGAGAUGUAGGGCUGGGCGAUAAAACGAUAACGAUAUAACGAAAAUUAAUUUCCCUCAUUAUCAAUAUGAAACAUGAUCAAUGUGCUUUUCAAUAGUCGUCAUUCUGACAUGUUUUGGUCGACUAUACGAACAGCCAAUGAAAAGGGGAGUGUCUCCGGGUCUGAACCAAUCAUGUUCUGAAUUAGAACCAAGUAUCAACCAACUGCAGCGUCGUAGCAGACAGCAGCUCCACCCAACCAUAGCACUUUAACAGGUGAAGCCGACAGCACUGUUGGUGAGAAACAAAGAAAAUGAGUGCUACCCCCGACAGAAAUGACCAUGAAGGCUCAACAGAUGACCACAUCAAUGUCAACCACAACACUGGCGUUAGGAAAACGUCGGUGGUGUGGAGGUAUUUUGGUUUUUGGAGGUCGGACAUGAAGCAGAGUAAUGUGGACUGUAAAUUAUGUCGAGUACAUGUUCUCACAAAGUCGGGGAAUACCUCAAAUCUUUUUCACCACCUGAAGCAGCGCCACGCCGCAGAGCACGCGCAACGCAAAAGGUUACAAACCCCGAGAGGAGCGAGGAGCCGAAACAGACGACCAUUCAGUCGGCUUUCUCUAGAGCGACGCCUCACGACAAAACGCCAAAGAGACACAAAGACCUCACAGAUGCAGGAGAUUAUUGUGUUGGAAAAGACAUGAGACCAAUAAACACUGUUAGAUUUUUAUAUCCUGAUAUUGAUCGAUAUCGGCUGAUAUGACAAAAAUAUAUCAUGAUAAACUUUUUCCCAUAUUUAGAUGUGACGUUAAGGUGCACAAACACAUAAAUACUCCGUCGGUCCGUGUAAACAUGAACAGUUUAUUAGAGUCUCUGUGUAAACCAGUCCUGCUGCUGUUGGUCUGGUUUGUUUGGGACCGGCCUUGUUGUGGUUCUGUGUCGGCUGUUGAUCCGUCUAUAUAUAGAACAAAAGGAAUCAUGUGUCCAACAAACAGACUCUGUGUGUGUGUGUGUGUGUGUGUGUGUGUGUUUGCACAUUAGCGAUGCACGUAUCAAACAAGCUUAAACAAAGUCAUUGUUUCCACCGCCGCCCUGAGUGUCUUAUGAUCGCAGCGAGGAGGAGGAGGUUGCGUCAUGCGUCGUUUCCAGUUUGGGGUCAAAGUUGAACCCGAUCAGCAUCUGCUGCUCUCAGGCCUCUGUGCCCGUUAAUCAGAGGUGUUGUUAUUAUGAUACUCUAUCAUAAUUUGUGGUUUUUGUUGUUCCUUUCUGAAAUAAAUUGGUUUGUUUUUCGAUUAAAGAGGAUUCAUGUCAAAAUUAGCAGUUUAGAUGAGAAAAUCUUUAAUUUUCCAGGAACUUUGGAGGGUCCGCUCAUUUUCUGUAACACUCCAGCUUUAUAAGAGUUUUACCUUAGUGUCACAUUUCUAUCCGUUAAACAAAGAUUCUGCGUGCUGCAGUGGCUGAGUCAUCAUUUUUAAAGUUAAUAGAUUUGUUUGAUUUUAACUGAAAACUUUUUUUUUAUUGGUUUAAUUUUUUUAAAACUGUAUUUUCUUGAUUUCUUUCUUUUUCUCCAUCCAAAGACUAUAAAUCUGUCUGUAUCAUUCACACCCUCAUGUCAUGUGACAUAACUCACAUUUACCUCGAACGGACUCUCAGUCUCCUCUUAGUUCUUGUUCCUCUGCGGUUUCCCAGAACGCCGCUGACUGGCUCUCUGAAUACAAGAGGAAACUUGUUGCUUCCAGCUGUGGUCGCAGACAGCGGAGGUGGACAGUGAUAUAUUGAAACAAACUGCUGAGUAAGAAGGUGACCAUAGUAGAAAAAAACAGGGUCACACCCCUCACUCACUCACUCACUCACUCACUCAGACCUAAAUGGCGCCUUGUCUUGUGUUCUGGCUCUAGACCAGCUGGUUCUUUAAAACUAACAGGUCAGCUGUAGGAGUGACUGGGGUUCGACAUGACCGCCCUUAAAGGUGGAGUAGUCAGGAUCUGAGUUAGUUCCAGUUUUUAGGAGAAAUCUUGAAUAUAAACUCUACCCCUCCCAAACAGUUUUCCCCUCAGCUCCUCCUCUCAAGCCCCGCCCACAAACAGACGCUCCUGCUCGCUCGUAUCGUUCCAGUUAAAUUCCGAUAUAAUGCAGAUAAAUACUUCAGAUCAUUACAAAUGGGGCCCAGUCAAGGUGAAAGUCAAAAGCAUUGGUGCUACUGUAGAUGCCAACAGACUACCAGCAAACACAAUGUUUGCAGGACUUCUACAACGAGGAUAAAGUGACAUAGUCCAGGACCCGAGGGAGGACAGUUUAGCGAUGGCGCUACAACACGCUACAGCAGGUCCGUUUGACAAGAAACACUUCUGUUACAGACACUUGUCUUACUUUGUUAAAGCGGUUUACCUGUCCAGCAGAAAGGUUACAGGGUCACCAAGAUCCCCAAGCGUCCCCCAUGGUUUAUGUUGACCCGGCUUUUUAGCUCUUGUCCGGUCUACCUCCGUUUUAAGCGCCCGUUAUUCCUCCAGAGUCUCAGGUAUUUACUUUGUUUUCUUGCUUGUGUCGGCAGUCGUGGCCAAAGGAGGAUUCAGACAAUUUUCCGAACUUUCUGGUUGGUUUCUACUGUCCGAUAUUGUAGCACGCUAACUUUGUUUGGGCUCCUGAACGACACGGGGGAGCAGCGUUUUCUUGCUGACUGUUUUCUUGUUGACUGUUUUCUUGUUGACUGUUUUCGUUUUGACCGGUUUGGUGUUGACUGUUUAUGGUUGACUGUUUUCUUGUUGACUGAUUAUAGUUUACGUUUUCUUGCUGACUGUUUUUUGUUGACUGUUUUGGUGUUGACCGUUUUCCUGUUGACCGGUUUGGUGUUGGCUGUUUUGGUGUUGACUGUUUUUUGUUGACUGUUUAUGUUUGAGUGUUUUCUUGCUUGUGUCGGCAGUCGUGGCCAAAGGAGGAUUCAGACAAUUUUUCCGAACUUUCUGGUUGGUUUCUACUGUCCGAUAUUGUAGCACGCUAACUUUGUUUGGGCUCCUGAACGACACGGGGGAGCAGCGUCUGCCUCACAACCAAUCAGGUUAGAGGAGGUGGAGAACGGCUUUGUUUACAGUCAGAAAGAGCGGACCGCUCAAAAAUGUUCAAAUGUUGACGACACAGACAUAAGAGAACACAGAGAUAUCGAUAUAUUACCAAAUGUCAUCAAUAACUAAUAACUAUUGACUGAUAUUUAAAGAUUUUUGUAAAUAAACCACAAAAAUAGAUUCUACUCUAACAGAUUCCUGCCUACUCCACUUUCUAAUGUAUGGACUUGUUUCUUCUGUGAUCAUGUUUGUUGGUUCCUGGAUCAGCAGCUAAAACACAAGACAGAGAGGUUUAUUCAGUCAGCCUAAGAGAUCUGAGCGUUUCUGAGUUUGUUGUUAAUUUUGAUACGAAGGUCUCCUUAUUAUCUCCUGAUUUUAGUCACUGCACAUAACUGAACUCAUGUUAUUUGAUCUUCCCGCUCUGUGAGUCAGGAUGUACGUUGAAAUCAGGAGUUUAUUUGUUGGUGUGACUCACUGACGACAGUAUCCACACAGAAACAAAGCGGAUAGGUCGUAGAGGAUGACAGAGGAGGACUUAUCCUUGUGGAGGCUGGGCCGUGUUUACAGCAGCACCCUUGUCUUGGUGCCAGAGAGGGUGUCAGAGGGCAGAGCCGGGCCAGGGUGGCACAGAGUUCACCGGCAGAGAUCGUCUGUUUCAGCAAACCGCUGUGUCAGCGCCUCAACCAAUGACUCUCUCUGUCUGAGGGUUCAACAUGUCUGACUUUCUUUUUCACGCUUUCUUCUCAUUCAUGCUGCUGUGAUUCAUCAUUUCCCAGCAUGCCCCUCUCCCCCCGUCUCAUUGAAUACCUCUCAUUGCCCUUCUUCCUCUUCGGUUUAUUGUUUGGUUUUUCAUUGAUCAGUUUUCAUUGAUGAGACUUUUAUCAGCAGGUUUUUACCCCUUUAGUUUAUUUCAUGGAUGUAGGUUAAUGAAGGAAACUGAGGUGUAUCAGGAAGUCGUCAGGUGAGGGCGACAUGAUUUCAAAAUAAAAUACAGAUUUUUUUUUUUUUCUGAAAACUUGAUUUUUGUUUUUUUAUUCACUCAGUCCGUUUCCAUGACACUCGAGAAAACCGAAAAUCAUCGUCAUAGUUAAAUAAUCCGAUUAUGAUUGAACGCUGAUUGAUCGUUCAGCCCCAAUAAGAAACCUUUGCGUGGUUUUAAGUCACGCCGUUUCCUGUCUUUGAGUCGUCACACAAACGACACGUAUUCGUCGCUCGUCUCUUUCCCUCGUGCUCGCCAUCUCCUCUGUUUGCCUUUUUUACACGCUUUCUUCUGAGAUACACAAACUUAGUGUGUCAGUGUGUUUAAUCCAACGCCGCAGGCUGAGACUGAAAAAUGGAGGCAGUGAGGCUCAGCUGUGACUUUAGUGUUCAACUCUGAGCAGUCUCUGUUCAGUCUCUGUAAACAGACUGUUGUGUAAAGUUGUUUAAUCAGACACCGGAGCUCCAGCUGGUCCUAAAAACGAUUUUCUUAGAGCUGAUUAAAAAGUGAAAAAGUCUCGAGGAGGGUUCCUGUGUGACAUUUUCUUCAGUUUCAGUCAUUCAGAAAUAAAUAAAGUUUCAAUCAUGGAACAUUUCCCGUCCUUGGAUGGACCUCGCCUCGCCUCAUUCAGAGGAAUGAAGGAUUACAUCAUCUCUGGAGCGGACUCCACUAACUCCCUGGCUCCCCUCACUAAACGCUCUCUCCUCCUCCUCCUCCUCCUCCUCCUCCUCCUCCUCAGUUUUCCCACCUCCUCUGUCUUUGUGGUACACGUCAGUCUUGGUCGAAGCUGUCUGCUGAGCUUUGGGACAGCUUGGCCUAGUUCACUCUGUCUUGUUCCACCAAGUCACCCUCUCCCUCCUGCUGACAUGGAUCUAUUCUUCAGGAGCAGCACGAGUCCAUCGUAUCUCUAUCACAUGUUUCUGAACCUUAAAGAUGAGUCGACAUCUUUGACCUGUAAGAUUUUAGGGAAGUUCUGCUGAUGGAGAAGGUGCAGGAUAGUUUCUGUGUCUGAAUAGUUGAAUCCCGCGGUCCUGGUCUUGAAUGUGGACCUUGUUCAGGCUUCACGCUCUUCUCUGGUUUUCCAUCUGGUCGCUCACCGCUGCAGCUGUCCACUCCACAGGGCAGAGAGAGCCGUACAUCAUCCACACAAAGUGGACUGUGACACCGGGAUAUCUUUGGACAGAGGGGCGGACAGAUGUAUUUUCUCGCUUCACCUCAUGUUGGAAUUAGAGAGCAGAUCCUUCAGGGUUAAGUAUGGCCCAUCUCCCGAGCAGGAAGUGAAUCUGGCCUGUGUCCUCCUGUCUCUAUUUGUGUGUGUGUGUCCAAAGCUGCUGCUGGCCUGACCCGUUGGUAUCUAUAGCUCUGGUCCAAGAUGACAGGAAUGGGCUCCUCACAUCCUACUGACUCGGACAACAAUAGAGCUCCAUGACCUGCAGGUUAUGUAUAGACGUGUGUGCGGCCGGCCGGACGGCGUCAGGCGAGCAGAGGUGUAGUGACAGUGAAGUGAGCCUGACUACAUCAUCAUCAUCGUCAUCAUCUCUGUGCUGUGUGUCCACGUAUUAUUCCGUUUGCCCGUCAGUUUCUCCUCGGCUUCAGUCUUAACGUUACGCAGAAGCAGCAGGAUCCUCUUUGUCCUGAUGGUCCUGAUCUUGAUUCAGCCGCACAUCUGGUUCCUUGAAAACACUGGAUUACAGAGCAGCUUCACAAAAUGACAGAUACUUCAGUAAACAGAUUAAAGUUGUCCACAGAUUAUUCCACCUGGUCCAGUCAGAUUUGUGUUUGGUAUCUCCUGUUGUAUGUAGGAGACAAAACUUCAGACUGGGGCUGGGCGAUAUGGGAAAAAGUUUAUCACUAUAUUUAUUUUCCUAUCAGCUGAUAUCGAUCAAUAUCAGGAUAUAAAAAUCUAACAGUGUUUAUUGGUCUCAUGUCUUUUCCAACACAAUAAUCUCCUGCAUCUGUGAGGUCUUUGUGUCUCUUUGGCGUUUUGUCGUAAGGCGUCGCUCUAGAGAAAGCCGACUGAAUGGUCGUCUGUUUCGGCUAAUCGCUCCUCUCGGGGUUUGUAACCUUUAGCGUUGCGCGUGCUCUGCGGCGUGGCGCUGCUUCAGGUGGUGAAAAAGAUUUGAGGUAUUCCCCGACUUUGUGAGAACAUGUACUCGACAUAAUUUACAGUCCACAUUACUCUGCUUCAUGUCCGACCUCCAAAAACCAAAAUACCUCCACACCACCGACGUUUUCCUAACGCCAGUGUUGUGGUUGACAUUGAUGUGGUCAUCUGUUGAGCCUUCAUGGUCAUUUCUGUCGGGGGUAGCACUCAUUUUCUUUGUUUCUCACCAACAGUGCUGUCGGCUUCACCUGUUAAAGUGCUAUGGUUGGGUGGAGCUGCUGUCUGCUACGACGCUGCAGUUGGUUGAUACUUGGUUCUAAUUCAGAACAUGAUUGGUUCAGACCCGGAGAAACUCCCCUUUUCAUUGGCUGUCGACCAAAACAUGACAGAAGGCCCAUGUUGUUUCGGUGUUUUCAAGUAAACACUGUUGAGUUUUAUUGUGUUUUACAGUGAGUUUUCAUUGCACCAUAGGCGUCCAACGCGAUUAAACGCACGGCACCUGUGUGUGAGAUUCCUCAGCUGCGAAAGUUUGUUUUUCCUCCUCAUGAGGAUAGUUGGUAAAUUUCCUCUUAGCUGUUUUUACCUCAUAUUCACCUAAAUGUCAGAAGUGAGUUUGAUGAUGUUUCACUGUCCAAGUUUGAUGCUUUAUUGUGUUAAUGUUUAUUGUUUACCAUGAAUAUGACUAAUGCUAUCUCCUGCUGCUCCAUCUUCAUGUUCUGUAUGCUGUGAUCUGGACUGAUUGUUGCGUUGUAUCUUAAUCUGCAGAAUCACAGUCAAAUAAAUCCACUAAACUGUCUUAUAACGGGGACACACACCGCACACCUCGCCGCUCUUCUCCUGUUUGAUGCCGACUAUCAAAAAAGCAUACCGACCAGGUUUUAAUGAAUUUCGAUAUAUAUCGUUUAUCGCCCAGCCCUACUUUAUACUUUUGCACAUUAAAUAUUUCAGAUUUUUUUUUUUUAAGAUAUGAAGUCGAGCAGUUUUCCUUCACCUGGUCCAGAUUUCAGACAGGUGUAUAUACUUAUAAUCCAUUUAUUGAUUUUAAUGUUUUCAUUUUCCUUUAUUUUAUAUAUAUAUAUAUUUAAUUCCACUUUAUCAUUUAUAUUACCAUCAUUUUAUUUUAUUAUGAUUUUAUUUUUAUUAUUAAUAUCCUCUUUCAUACUUACUAGCCUGUUUUCUUCCCUCCUUUUCUAUUUCUUUUUUUGCUUUUAUUUUGGUCCUCAUGGUCCCAUUUAUUUUGUAGGGUUCUUGUAUUGCCUGGGUUUCUUACGAAAAGUGAAACAGGCCUACAAUUCAGAGGCCUGUUUUUAACUGAGCUUUUGUUUUUAUGUGUUUUUAUUUUCAAUGUGCUGAUGCUCUGUGCUUACAACUGUUGUCUAAGCACUUUGUAAACUUCUGUUUUUAAAGGUGCUAUAUAAAUAAAAUUAUUAUUAUUAUGUCUGUUUUUUAAGAGUCAGAGAAGAGUUCUGAGUCUGAAGUGACGUGACUGACUUCUGUAAACGCUCUAAAGUAACGCCGUCUUUGUUUGUUGGUAUUUCCCCACAGGUGUGAUCAGUCAGUGGCAGGGCGAGUCGAAGGAGCGGGUCAUCUCUCUGGUCCUCACCCACCUCCCUCUACUCAAACCUGGAAAUGUUGAAGCCAAGAGCGAGUACAUGCGCCUGCUGCCACGCAUCCUGGCGCACACGAUCGAGCACGGCCACCACCUGGAGGAGUCCAGGCAGCUCCUCUCCUACGCCCUCAUCCACCCCGCGACCUCCCUGGAAGACCGCGCAGCUCUCGCUCUCUGGCUCAACCAUCUGGAGGAGAGGGCCGCGGCCCGAGGCGACUCACUGGAGAGACCUCCUCCAUCCGGGCAGCAUCACCACCACCACCACCAGUCCACUCCUCCGUCCACCCUCAGCUCAUCAGGCUCCUCCUCCUCCACCAACACCUCUUCAUCAGGGAAUCUCUACUCGUUACACCACCAGCGCUACGGCUCAGACGACCGCCUCAAUGGGUGGCAGGGCUCCAGAGAUUCAGGGCUGGGCGGAGGCUGGCAUCAGCAGCAAGGCAGCGAGAACGGGCACCUUCUUCUGUACCCAUCAUCCUCUGUGCCAGCGACCAUCAACACGGUUGGAAUAGGUGGAGGUGGGAACUCGAGUAAGUAAAGGCUGAGAACUUCUCAUGAUCACUAAAUAUCUAUUAGUCGGUUGUCAUGGAGAUAGAGAUGACCUAUAACACUGAAGAGACGUCCUGGAUCUACAUCAUCCUGUCGUCUCACCUGUUCUGUAGACUCUUCUCUCUCACCCAUCAGAUCAUUUUCAGGAGUUUUAACACUCAGUUGUUGUUCCUCUCUCUCUCUCUCUUACCUGAUCUCAGAAGUGCUGGUUCAGGACUGCAGUCGGGCCUGUUUUGGUAUCUGGACUUUUCUCCUACAGAGCCAUGCUGUUGUAAUAAAUGCAGACGGUUAAAUGAAGAGUCAUUGUCUGGAUGGCAGUAGAUCAUAUUCAGCAUUAAUAGAGCCGUCCCAGAUCUGUAGGAGACCCACACCAUCACAGAUCCUGACCUUUGAACUGUGAGCUCAUUAGAAGCUCGGUGGUCCCUCUCCUCCUCCUCCUCCUCCUCCUCAGAGAGGAUAAUGUCCAUGAUUCCCAGAGAUAAUGUCACAUUUUGACACAUUUAGACAGUUUUUACUCUGUCUCAGUUUGUCUCAGUCCGUCUUAAAUGGGCCCUUAGCUCGGGGUCUCCAGGUCUCCUCUGCAGGGUAAAGUGUGCUGCUGUUGUGGAGGCAGCAAAGAGCUGUUAGAAGGGGUUUUUUAUCUCAUGCAGUGAUUUCCAGUUCAGAGCCAUGUUUGUUUUAAUGCAGUGUUGCCUGAGGACCUGAAGAUAACAGCCGUCCAGUCUGGUUGUCAGAGAUUUCUUCAGAUCUCUAAAUUGUUUAAUUGUGUAGAUGAAAUGAAAUCCUCAUAUUCUUCAUAAUUUUACACUAAAGGUCGUUACGCUGAUUUUAUUAAAGGCUCCUUACCUCUGAGAGACUCCGCCUCUCGAAUGAUUUUCUCUCCCCUCUCAUCUUGACAUGUUACAGGUUAGUUUGGACGGACAGGUCCCUCCAGAUGUCUUUCCUUUUUUUGGCAGAACACACUGAGGAUUUUCUUAUAUGAAAUAUUAAAAAAUUAAUUUUCUUAUAAAGCAUAUUUUAAAUAUUUAAAUGUUAUCCUCUUGUAUUAAAUAUUUUGAAUAUUUUUUUAUUUUUCUUUUAUAAAAUAUUGAUAAAAAAUAUUUUUUCUUAUAUGUUUAACAUUUUGAAUAUAAAAAAAUCUUACAUCAUAUAUUUUUACUAUUUAAAUAUUUUUUCUUAUGAGAUAUUCUACAUUUAAGAAUAUUUUUUCUUAUAUCAAAUUAUUUUUUAAUUAAAAAAAAUUAUAUGAAAUAAUUUGAAUAUUUUAAAAAGUUUAAUGUGAGAUUUUUUAAAUUUUGAAUUAUUUUUUUCUUAUAUGAAAUAUUCUAAAUAUUUAAGUUUUUUUUUUCUUAUUGAAUAUUUUAACUAUUUAAAAAAAAUUGCUCAUUAAAUAUUUUAAAUAUUUUAAUAGAUAUUUAGAAUAUUAAAAUAUUUCUUUCCUAUUUUUAAUAUUUAAAUAUUUUCUUCUUUUAUGAAAUACUUUAUUUUUGUUAGGUUCCACUCUGAUUUGUUUUCUUCUCACUAUCGUCAGCUGACAUAUUUAAAACCAGUUAAUUCUGUUUCUAUCAACAUCUUAUCGAUCCCUACAUCAUAGUUUUGGUUACUAAGAGUUAUAUUUAAGUCAGAGUUGUGUUUGACUUUUGAACUUUUGAACAAAAGCUCAGAAACAUCUGCACUGCAGAACAACAGCAGCAGCAGUAGUGUGUAACUUCAUUAGAGCCACUCUGAAGUUCACUCCGAACAGACUGAAUACUCUCAGAGGGUUAAAGUGAAUGGACUCAGUACAGUAAACACUCUGAAGUACCCACACAGCAGCUCCAGAGGCUGUUUGAGGUGGAAGUCAACGCACAGAGAGGGCAGGGCUGUGGAAAUUGAACAUAACUAUGGUCAGAGCAGGAUAUUUCAAGACAAGAAUGCAAGGGCCCUGUGUUUUUUUCUGGGAGAUGAAAGAAACAGCUGAGGGUUUAUAAAUACAGAUGCAUUUAAAGCCCUGCUCACUGCUCCAAGAAAGAUCCUCUUGUAUUUUUGACUCCGAGCAGCUCUGGCCAUGCACAAAAGACCGCAGGAUUUCACAACUGAUAAACUAGAGUUACCCCAGACGUCAGCUGCUGGACACUCUGGCUUCUCUGAACUCUGAGUGAAAGUCAGACUAACAGGCUGUGAGCAGCCGUUCAUAAAGAAGUCCGGAUCCUGUCAGGAUAUCUGAGCUGUAGAGCAUCAUAUCUGUAAUCUGUACUGUGGACUCUCUCAGAUUACACUUAAUCUGACUUUAUUAAUGACACAGACACUUAGGCUCCGCCCUCUUCUCUACACACUCUCUUUGUUUCACGGUGAUGAUAACAGGAGCGUAAUUGUCCUGCAGCCACAUCAACCUGUAUGCUACUGAUACCACAUCCUGUCGACCCCCCCGUACUCCCAGCCUCAGUCCAAGCCACAGCAGCACAUACCACCCGUCCUUUCCCUUGUAAGGCAUCCUUUGUGGGAGACUGUAUUUAGGGAAAAUGGCUAAUAUUUAGGGACUGGAACUUGUAAUGUUAGCUGGGCACCUAUUUUAAACGGGGCCCAUGAAGUCCUAUACAUAGCGCCAACAGUAAGAGGACCACAUAUAGGAGGAGGAGGAGGAGGAGGAGAGAGACUAGAGUAUUGGUGGCAGCUUCCCCCGUCAGAACGGCGACACAAAAAGCUCUUUGGCCCUCCACCUUGUCAUUCUGUUCACCUCCUCCAGCAGGAGAAGUCCAGAUCCUGAAGCUGCUUUUGGGUUUUGAAGUCCUGAAUCUUCGAUAACAGUCCCCUCUGUUUGACCCCGCCGAGUGCAUCAUAUAGACCGCCGCAGGAGUAGAGACUGACGAAUAUCGGAAUAAAAACAGGAGCGAUAAAGACAGAACUUAUUGACACUGUAAGUCUGAGAUAUCAAUAAGCUGAAAGCUUCAAGGUUGAGUUUCCAAACAACGAGCGAGUCGAGAAGAGACGGAAGAGAAAGACCGAGUGGAUCUUUACAGAAAGAAUAAACCACUGCACAGAGAGAACAGAAGAUCAGUCAGUUAUGCACUUUUACUGAGAGUCCACUGACAAAUAACAGACCUGUGAGGUUAGCUCUCUGUCAGCCGAACUGUCUGUGCUUCAUGAAGACGGUCGUGACUUUCAUUCAGAGCUCCUCCUAAAAUCAGAGCUAUGAAAUGUGCAGCUGUGUUCGUCACGGACGGGAGAGUUUCAUCGGAUUAAAACACUAAAAUAAACUGAUUCACAUGUAAGAGGAUCAGUAAAUAUUUCACUUCAACUCUAAAACAAAUGUGAACAAAUGUCUCUAAUUAUUAGGACUAGUAUUGAUCAGUCAUGUUAUCAUAUUAUCAUCAAUAUCAGGUCUGGAUCAGAGUUUUUGACUAUAAUUAUUGUGAAGUUUCUGUUUGUUUAUAAAAUAUUCUAUUAGUUGAAUAUUGAAGCAAAGCCGGUAAACUGUUCCUGGGAUUAGGGCUGCACGAUAAAUCGUUUGACCAUCGUCAUGGCGAUGUGCGUGUGCGCGAUAGUCACACUGCAGAGCCUGGGAGGUAGGAGGCGAAUGAACUCGUCUAAUUUCAAGGGUACAUCCGUUCUUCUUUACUCAGUCAGACUAACCUGCCAGCUGUCAAUCAAAAUCAGAGAGGAGGAAACCACGCCCCUGCACAUGGAGUGAGUCGCUGACACUGCCGGUUAAUGACUUAAGGAUCAUUCCUCAUCACUGUGUAUCCCCACAGAUAAGAACUGUGUGGGUUUAAAUUAUACAUUAAUGUGGACCACUCUACUGUAAGUGGUGCGUGUUUUGUGAGGUGGAUGCAAUUCUCGAAGGACAUGCGUUUCUCGGCACAACAUCGGUAACAACAACAACAACAACAACGAUUACAAAAUGAGAAACGAACAAGAGGAAACCACCGAAGAUAAAGACUUGUUGGUAAAAAGAAAAGCAAAGUCACUUAUCUGGAAUUAUUUUGUUUAAAAGAAGGAUGAUGUCGACUAAAACACGUGUUCUGUGUUCAUCUGUUUCCACAAUAACGUCCCAGCAGAACAAUAAAAACUAAAAAGAUCUCUAAGACGGACAGAAGCCAUUCUACUAACAUUCACAAAAAGAGGGAAGAUCAGAGCAGGUUAACUGUCCUCAAGAUUUCAGCAGAAACUCAGAUUCAGAUCAUCUGGAGAAAAUUCCUCUAUUUUUUAAUAUCGCAGGGUUGAAAAGGUUGAAAUGUUAGUUUUUUCCGAUAUCGUGCAGCCCUACCUGGGAUUAUCUGUCUCUGUGUCGAACCAAAUGAUCAGGAAGUGUCUGUCGGUCUGAUUUCAGAUGUUGCCAUGCUGACAUGUUAGACACAGACCAAACCUCUCUCUCUCUCUCUCUCUCUCGCUCUCUCUGUGCUUUAGUGUUUGUGACAGCUGAUGAAAAACUGCACUAAGAUUAUUGGCUUUUAUUUAAUUAUCGGCUGAUUAUUAUCAAUUAAAGAUGACCAGACGCUUCAGCGUUGAUCGUUGAGUUGGAUAUCCCUGAUUUUGAGUUUGUUAUAAACAGCUUUAAAUGAAACUUCUCUGUGAUGUUGAACUUUAGUGAACUCUAGUGAACUUUAGAGAGUGACCAUCAGUUUUUGAAAGUCUGAUUCUGUUUGAGUUCUUACCGCCUGCACCCGCCUGUCUUGUCUUGCAGUCUUGUCUAGUGGAGGUGGCAGCCAGCAGCACAGUCCCCUGAAGCGCUCCGUGUCCCUAACACCUCCCAUGAGCGGCCCUAGCAGCCAGCCUCUGGGCCAUGUCUGGCUGUCGCAGGAGGACUUACGGACCGCUAGAGGCCCCGCCCCAGACCACGCGCCUCUGUCACCCCAGAGCAGUAUAGCUUCCUCAGGCAGUGGAGGUAGUGAGCACCUGGAGGAGGCUGGUUUAGGUUCGAGUCUGCACCGCAGCUCCUUCCAUGAGGACGGCAGCGGCAUGAGGGGUCAGUAUUUCAGAAGACCAGUAUGUGGUUUUGACUUUCUCUCUUUCAAAAUAAAAGUCAGCGUGGACAGUGCAGGUUCAGCUAACUUCCUGUUGUUAUCUUGGUAACUUCUCGGCUGGAUUAGGUGACUUGAUGACAGAUUUCUGAACACACACGCUGUGGUUCUUCCCUCUUUGUCUUUUGUAGAACAGGGUCAGUAGGGGGCAGUCUUUCAACCACGCCACAGGACUUUUUCCGAUCAGUGACGGAGGUUUAGUUGCCCUGUCAGCCUUUAGCAUCGUUGUCCCCGUCAGACUAACAUCAGUCGAUAACAUGCUCCCAUGUUUCUGAUUCAUAUUUGCUGUAAUUGUUUGUUCACCCUCAUCCUGCCACAAUCUUAAAGAUCAGAGAAGAAGCAUCUUUCUGCAGUUUUUCUGACGUCCUGUUCCCACUUACCUGCCACGGCCAUGACAGAUGUUUUACAUCUCAAUAAAGGUAAAAAAAUCAGUUAAUAUAUGUGAGCGUCUUAUUAAGAGCGCCCUCUACCUGUCAAAGUCUACGGACACCAACAGAGACCGUUUCACUCUCAUUUGCAACUAAAAAUAGACGUGUGUGAAUUGUAAAAUGUAUUUAAGGUCACACAUGCACAUAAAAAAAAUUGAAAAAAUGUUUAUUUUCCCGUAAAUAUGGCGGUGAAGUUAGUUUUAGGUUGGAUAUAUUCUCCUGUAAAUACGGUGGUGAAGUUAGUUUCAGGUUGGAUAUAUUUUCCUCUAAAUACGGCGGUGAAGUUAGUUUUAGGUUGGAUAUAUUUUCCUGUAAAUACGGCGGUGAAGUUAGUUUCAGGUUGGAUAUAUUUUCCUGUAAAUACGGUGGUGAAGUUAGUUUUAGGUUGGAUAUAUUUUCCUGUAAAUACGGCAGUGAAGUUAGUUUCAGGUUGGAUAUAUUUUCCUGUAAAUACGGCGGUGAAGUUAGUUUCAGGUUGGAUAUAUUUUCCUGUAAAUACGGCGGUGAAGUUAGUUUUAGGUUGGAUAUAUUUUCCUGUAAAUACGGCAGUGAAGUUAGUUUCAGGUUGGAUAUAUUCUCCUGUAAAUACAGCGGUAAGUUAGUUUCAGGUUGGAUAUAUUUUCCUGUAAAUACGGUGCUGAAGUUAGUUUCAGGUUGGAUAUAUUUUCCUGUAAAUACGGCGGUGAAGUUAGUUUCAGGUUGGAUAUAUUUUCCUGUAAAUACGGCGGUGAAGUUAGUUUCAGGUUGGAUAUAUUUUCCUGUAAAUACGGCGGUGAAGUUAGUUUCAGGUUGGAUAUAUUUUCCUGUAAAUACGGCGGUGAAGUUAGUUUUAGGUUGGAUAUAUUUUCCUGUAAACACGGCGGUGAAGUUAGUUUCAGGUUGGAUAUAUUUUCCUGUAAAUACGGCGGUGAAGUUAGUUUCAGGUUGGAUAUAUUUUCCUGUAAAUACGGCGGUGAAGUUAGUUUUAGGUUGGAUAUAUUUUCCUGUAAACACGGCGGUGAAGUUAGUUUCAGGUUGGAUAUAUUUUCCUGUAAAUACGGCGGUGAAGUUAGUUUCAGGUUGGAUAUAUUUUCCUGUAAAUACGGCGUUGAAGUUAGUUUCAGGUUGGAUAUCUGACGGACAUUCUCUGAGGAUCUACCGGUGUCUUCUCACUCUCCAUAACCGGGAAUAACAACAGCAGCGCGGUUAAAUCUACUCGACACCCUCACUGUCAACGUCGGUGUUGAAUAAGGGACCGUCAAUAAAUUACCGGUUGUUUUCCUUUGAUAGCUUCCAGUUCAUGUGACCAAAAGAGCUCAAAUUGAUUUCUAAUAAUAGUACUAAGGUCGAUCAAUUAGAGAAACAUUAUUUGAUCAGUUUUCAUUGAUCCCCUAAAGUUCUUUGUGCUCCUUACGUUUUUUACUCAGGAGAACAAAGUUAGAGUCAAACCCUGAAUAGUUCAAUAUUUAUGCAUCAUGUCAUAUCAGGUCAAGCCUUUUACUUUCAGCUGAAGAUACGGUGUUUGACGGCUCUUCUUCGUUUUAAUGUUUGAUGUAAAAAUAAAGGACUCACAGAAAUGACUGACAGAGCGUUCUCUGGGUUUUAGUUCCAGCAGACACCUUCACACUCGUGUUCAUUGUUUUCUGAUAUUCUUAAAGGAUUCAGGAGGAAGACAAACUCCUCUAACGUUGAACAAAGAGAACGACAAACACAGUUCAGUGGAGGAUCUUGGAGACCGUCUGCUGCGGUAUCCACCUGGAGGCUCUGGGAAGUCGUAGAUCCAGUCAGAGCAGUUUGUCAGGGGAAACAGAGGCCAGUCUACCCACCUCUGUAACCUCUCUCUCUCUCUCUCUCUCUCUCUCUCUGUAUUAGGGUCAAACCUUUAGAAUACAGAUAGAGGAAGGAGCCGGAUUUACAGGGUUAACACUUCGAUGUCUUCAGUUUAGUGACGUGGUUUGGUUUCAUCAACUAUCCUUUAUUUCAUUCAUGGAGGCUGAAGGUCUUCACUGUCCUUGGAUUAGUGGGGGAUGUUCAGUCUUUGAGCUGAAAGCAAGUGUGUUCAUGUCUGCCCUGUGAGUAAUGAAACGCAGACUAAUAAAAGAAAUAUUCAUAAAGGAGAAAUACAGAGACCAAGGUUUGAUCUGUUUUUGUGAUGCUGACUGAGGAACUGAACAUCAGUGAGCAGCUUCUAAGGACACCUGUGAUCACUCACGGGUUGAAAAAAGAAGCUGUAUGUUGUGUACGGCUGUAGAGACUCACCUGUGUCAUCUAGGUGUUUAUUUGUCUAUGAUUCCUGCUCCUCAGACGUUCCUGCGUGGCUGAAGAGUCUCCGCCUCCACAAGUACGCCGCUCUGUUCUCCACGAUGACCUACGAUGAGAUGAUGUCUCUGACAGAGGAGCACCUGGAAGCUCAGGUGAAACACACACACACACACACACACAGAUUCAUGUGAUCAGAAAUGAACUCAACAUGAACAUAUUCUCCUGUAAUAUCAGAGAAAUUCACUUAUUACUAAAACCAUAAUUAUUAUUAAAACUAUCUGUUGGUUGAAAUAAAAAGCGGUCAGGUUUGAACAGACUGGUCCAAAGCCAGGUCAGCGUUCGCUCUGCUUGAACUUAAAGAAGUCUAUUCUGAAACAGGAUGCGUCUAAAUUUAACGCGGCUCACCGGGAAGCUGCAGACUUCCUCCAGGUGCUGCAGACGGCUUCUCUAAAACAACAGAAGAAACCGUUCCUCCUGAGUAAAUGCUCUCUGCACCUCCGGUGGUUUGAUCUGGACUCGGUGGGUUCUGGGUUUUUAGCAUCAGUUCUUAAUGAGACGAGUUCGAAGCUGCAUUAGCCGUCACUGAAAUCAAACAAACUCUCUCUGUCCUCUGAAAAUGUGCAUCACCUUUUAAAACUGCUAACAUUAGAAAUCCUCCUCAGUAAAUGUGUUCAUCUUUAAUUUAAACCUAAUGUGAUGAAUUCAGUGUGUUUUGAAAGGUUUUCAACACCCUGAAGGAGGUUGUUCAAAAUGAAUAUCACACAAGAUUUUCAGGGUCCCAAUACUGGGAGUAAUGUCUGAAGGUUUGGACACGGUUUAUUUGCAAUGAUUACUAUUUUUAUUCUCUUUAAUUUAAUCCUACAUUAUCUGUAAAUGUUUGUAAAAAUACUCAUACAGCUGGAAAAAGGAAAAGAAAUGUAUUGAGAUGUAUAAACUGUAUUAUUGUGGUUAAAAUUUAAAAAAAAUCUAAUGUGAUGAAAGGAUGAAAACAGACAACUCUUUCCUCCAACAGAAGGUCACCAAAGGAGCGAGACACAAGAUUGUGAUCAGCAUCCAGAAGCUCAAAGAGCGGCAGAAUCUACUUCGCAGCCUGGAGAAGGUCAGUUUGUCUCCUCCUACUCUUCUUUAUCGUCGCUCUUAAAGGGAUAUUCUGACGUAAAAUUAAUUUAGGGUCAAACCCACCGUAACACCGAGUUAGACCCCCCCUCCAGAGAUGAAUGUUGCCGACCGCUUCCUUCUCUAGUUAUACCAACUUUAGUAACGACCGCAGGAUAGAAAUACAGAGAGCCACGCCCCCAACCAAAACGCCACUCUAUAGCCACAAAUAAUGCUCAGAACAGCACCUAACUUCAUCAACAGGACAUAUAGGGUCACAGACAUAGUACUAGACACCAAACAUCUUUUUAACUUUGACUAAUUUCUUUAGUAAAGAGACUAAACACAACUCACCUACUCUCUUCCAGCAGACGCUUGUUUGUAGAGAGACCUCAGGCCAGUCCAUUACAGACUACAGCGGGGUGCCGCAGCUCAAGGAAGAACAUUUAUGAUCAUUUCUUUAUCAUUUCCAUGAAGUAAUAAUCAUUUUACAGACGCGGUAGUUCUUCUGUCUUAGCGUCUCGGUCUGAUUGUAUUUCCAUGAAGAAAUGAUCAUAAAUGUUCUUCCUUGAGCUGCGUCACCCCGUUGUAGUCCGUAAUGGACUGGCCUGAGGUCUCCCUACAAACAAGCGUCUGCUGGAAGAGAGUAGGUGAGUUGUGUUUAGUGUCUUUGCUAAAGAAAUGAGUCAAAGUUAAAAAGAUGUUUGGUGUCUAGUACUAUGUCUGUGACCCUAUAUGUACUAACCUCAGUAGAACAUGGUGUAGUUCCGUUCAGUAACAGAACCUCAUUGGAAAAUUAGCUGAUUUAACUUUACUGUGCUCUUGUUCAAAUAUAUUAACUCGACAGCACAUAAAUCCAAACCUGUUAACAAAAUCAUGAUUUUAUUGAUAAUUCGGCUCAAUAAAAACACCUUUACCUUUUCAAUUGACCACAGUAGAAGUUUAUUGGCCCAGCUUAUAGACUACAGAAGUGGAGAGUUUAUAUUUUCUUAGGAGUUAGAACAACUCUGAAUAUAGUACUAUGGCUUGGACCCUAUAUGUCCUGUUGAUGAAGUUAGGUGCUGUUCUGAGCAUUAUUUGUGGCUAUAGAGUGGCGUUUUGGUUGAGGGCGUGUCUCUCUGUAUUUCUAUCCUUCGGUCGUUACUAAAGUUGGUAUAACUAGAGAAGCAAGCGGUCGACAACAUUCAUCUCUGGAGGGGGGGUCUAACUCUAUGUUUCGGUGUGUUUGACCCUGAAUUAAUUUUACAGCAGAAUAUCCCUUUAAAUCGCCUCCAUUUCCGAUGAUUUCAAACGUGGUCAAAUCUGGUCAGGAUUCAGUUUCCUCUGAUUUUCCGUAUUUGUGAGUGAAAGCCGCCUCUCGGACAGCAUCAUGUGUCCACCAUGGCGUCUGAGGGAACACUUAAUCCAGUAAGGAGAGUUUGGGGCUCUGAAUUUAAACCCAUCAGCCCCACCACCCCCACCCCCACCCCCACCCCUCUCCAGUCAGUCUUCACUGCGGCACAAUGGCACUCAAGGACAAACCGCAGGAGGGACUUCUUAAGGCCGGCUAAAUUCAGACUUAACCUUUUCACCGACACGUCGUUUUAAAGUUUGUUCCUGCUGCUUUUGUAGGAAACAGGACAGCUGCAGGAGGCUCAUAGAUGAUGAUGAUGAUGAUGAUGAUGAUGAUGAUGAUGAUGAUGAUGAUGAUGAUGAUGUUUCCUCUCUCCCUCUCUCCAUCACAUCAAUCACUCCACCAGGACGUGUUGGAGGGCAGUAAUCUACGCGCCCCGCUGCAGGAGCUCCACCAGAUGAUCAUGACGCCUAUCAAAGCUUUCAGCGGUGGAGAGGAGGCGUCCAUGCAGCGCCCCCUGCUGAGUGCUGAGAGUAAGAGUGCUGCGCCCGGCUCCCACCUGAGCAGCAGCAGCAGCAGCAGCGGAGGUGGAGGAGGAGGGGAGGCGGAGUCGGGUACGAGUGUCAUCGCAGAGGGAGAUCUGCCGGGCCAGUUCACCCGCGUCAUGGGCAAAGGUGACCGCCGUGUUCCGGCGCUCUGCUGGAGACGUGUCAUUGGCUGAAGGAGGUUUUGGUUUUGACCUGAUUGUCCUCUUCUCCUCCUCAGUUUGUACCCAACUUCUGGUGUCAAGGUCAGACGAGGACAACAUCAGCUCCUACCUACAACUCAUCGACAAAUGCCUUAUCCACGAGGUACACAACCAAGGUCACAUGACACAAACAACAACAACAACAACAACACGAGUCUGUUAUCAGAGGGUUUAAUGGUCAACGGUCCAGCUCUGUGUUUAUUUUUUAUUUUAAUUAUUUGUGUCUCUUUAGUUCAGCUUCAUCGUGUUGAAGUUUCUCUGCAGAGUUCUGACUCUUUUCUUCCAGUCGACUCUUAGAUUCUGGGUCAUGUGACCAAGAGCGCCGUGGUCAUGUGAUGCUCCACGUUCGCCCUGAAAAUCCUCAGCAGUCAUGCUUCAUUUCAUCCCUGAUUCAUGCUCUCUCUCUCUCUCUCUCUCUCCUCCCUCCUCUCCAGUCCUUCACCGAGACGCAGAAGAAGAGACUGUUGUCAUGGAAACAACAGGUCCAGAGGCUGUUCCGGUCCAUUCCAAGGAAAACCCUCCUCGACAUAGCGGGGUACCGACCGCAGAGGAGGUAGAGGAGCAGCAGCCUCGAUUCUUGUCUGUUAUCGUCUGUAAAUAUAAACGUUUUAGAUGUGAGGACGUCUGAGUGCAGGAAAGAGACAAAUGCAGAUUUAGAGCGUUACUGUCGUUCACACAGGAAACAGAACUCUGUUAAAGUGAGAUUUCCACCACAUCGGGAACGACUCCGAUCCAGAUUCUUACCAGAUCCGUUCGUGAGGUGAAUUUCGUGGCGGAUUACUGACAGCAGGAAUUCACAAGAGAACUCACAAGAACCCUCAGAUUCAGGUUCAAUCGCGCAAUAACGAGUUGUCUGUAUAAAGACAGACACAAAGACAUAUAAGCAGUAGAUUGUGUCCUUCCAGAGGAGGAAAUCUACUUCUAGACUUCUAGAAUCAGCAUCUCCUCAUCCAUGGUGUCAUCGGGGUGAAAUGACGUCUAAAAACCUUUCACUUGUUCGUCGAUCGUGUUUUAUUUUGAAAAGAAGCCGGAUGUUUUAUUUUGUGUCUGUGCCCGACUUCCUUUCCAGCACGGGUUAAUCUGUGCUGAAUUUAUCCGCCAUGCUCCGGCGUCCAGAAAAAAUAGAACUCUUGUGAUCAGCUGAGGAGUCCGGCGAUCCGCAGAGGAACGGAAAGAAGUCGGUGUAAAUUGACACGUUAACUUGAAUGGUUACGAUCAGCUACGAUCGGAGGAUACGACCUUUUAGGAGACGAUCAGGAUGAAGGUGGAGAUUAGGGGUAACUUUAGUGGAUUUUCAGAGUUUCUCAGAUUACACAGAUUAUCAGGAGUAUGAACUCUUAUCUAAUCCAAUCUCCUGAAAUCAGGAUCUCCGUCAGUUCUUCUCACUUUCUGUCUCAUCCUGCUGCAGUCGCUUCGGACAGUCCAACUCCCUCCCCACCACCAGCUGUGUGGGGAGCAGCGUGGCGGCCAGGAGGAGCCUCCGCCAGUUCCAGAUGCCCUCCAGGAGCUUACCAGGGGCCAGGCUGAACCUGCUGAGCAGCGGGGGGCUGCUGGGACCGACACCUCGCAGCUCCAGCAGCACACCCACCGGUCCCAAACAGGGGAGGCAGGUGAGUCACAGCAGCAGGACAGCUCCCCCUCCUCGAACCGACAACAAUCAGACGAUUCACCUCUCAGUUCUCACGGUUUAUUAUCAGUGAAACAGCAGCUUCAUGAGAGGGGGGCAGGAGAUCUGAGUCUACUGAGGUUCUGGAACUGAACUCACUGAAAUUAUUAUUAAUUUUAUUUUUAUCAGGGAGAAACAAACAAAAUGAGUCCAAUCACUUUUACACAUUUGUGGCAAACAAACAAACAAACAAACAAACAAACAAACAAACAAACAAACGUCCAUUUAGACUAACAUCUUCUCUCUUUCAUUUUCUGUAAAUUUCCUCACUUUCCUCAGAUCUACUAAUAUCAGUUUUCAGUUGUCCGAGUACUUUAAUAGUUCUUUAAUAGUUCUUUAAUAGUCUGGUACUUCAUGACUCAGAGGUAUUUAGAGCAGCUCUCUGUGUUCUUAUACAGUACAGGCCAAAAGUUUGGACACACCUUCUCAUUCAAUGCAUUUUCUUUGUUUUCAUUACUAUUUAAAUAGUAGAUUCUCAAAACUAUGAAUGAACACAUGUGGAAUCAUGUGCUUAAGAAAAAAGUGUGAAAUAACUGAAAACAUGUUUUAUAUUUUAGAUUUCUCAAAGUAGCCACUCUUUGCUUUUUUGAUAGCGCUGCAAACUUUAGCUAUUCUCUCAAUGAGCUUCAUGAGGUAGUCACCUGAAAUGGUUUUUACUUCACAGGAGUGCCUGAAGUAACCCUGACAAGGUACUUCUGUCAUCAAGAGCAAAGGGUGGCUAUUUUAAAGAAACUAGAAUAUAAAACAUGUUUUCGGUUAUUUCACACUUUUUUUAUAAGUACAAAAUUCUACAUGUGUUCAUUCAUAGUUUUAAUGCCUUCAGUAAUAAUCUACAAUGUAAACAGUCAUAUAAAAGAAUAAAGAAAAGGCAUUGAAUGAGAAGGUGUGUCCAAACUUUUGGCCUGUACUGUAUAUCUGAUCCACCAACGUCUCUGAAACGUCUCCGACUGUCGUCUCAGAGCGAAUGUCCGUCUCUCCAUCAUGUCUUCCCGUGUUAAUGAGUUGGGUUGUAACCACUUCUUUGUUAUCGUCUUCUUUGCUCUAAUCAGUAAAAUCUUCAUCAGAUAUUUAUCUGCUAUCACUUGAGUACACAAUGCCAUGGUACCGAAAUCGGCCCGAUUUUAAAGUCAUCAAGGACUGAAACAUGUCGUCUGAAAAGCAGAGAUACACGUCUCUAACUACAAAUAUGGAUCAGCUGUAAAUGAGAUGGACUUGAAAUUAAAACUAAAGCAGAAAAAGCAGUUUGUAAAGUUUGUCGAGCUCGUACGGACUUCUCCAAAUCUCUUUAUCAGACAGAUUUUCAAACAUACUGAGGUUAAAUAAACGAACAUGGAUAAAUGUUGAAUUAUUAAAAACACAGAUCGAUCUUUUUAGAGCGUUUGAACAGCUUUAGUCGUGCUCUCCCUCGAACAGAAAAACCAUGUUGUUGUGGUUUUGGAUGAAGUGCUGAAUCAGUUUCUGUCUGAAGUGUGUCACAGGUUUUUCACUCUCAGGUCAGAUGAGGAUGGCUCCUUCAGAAUUUUCUCAGUGAAUUAAAGUUAUCUAAGAGCGGAAACCUCGAUCCGCGUCCACGGUCCGACCCUGCGUCUGUGUGGAGUGAGUGGAAUGCUGAGUAGAUGUGGUGUUCGUGACUGCGCUCAGGAACAUUUGGAAAUGUGAAAUCAAACAUUCCAGGAUGUUGACAAUAACCUGGGCAGCAGAAUUCCUCCUUCAGCACGUCUUCUGACAGAAAUAGACGUUUUUAUUCCAUGACCAAAAACUGCGGGGUGAGGAAGAGGAGCAGCGCCAGCCUUCGGCCAAUGAAGCGCGGCGGAUGGAACUUGUAGGCAGGUCACCCCACAUACCAGAGGCUCUGCGUCAGUGCCGAACUCUGAAACAGGAGGAGCUGUGGAGCUGUUUCAGGCCCAACCUGGCACACUUUGGUCUGGGCUGACCCAGUUCAUUACAAACCUCUCUCUCUCUCUCUCUCUCUCUCUCUCUCUCUCUCUCUCUGCCAUCCUUUACAAUUGGAGGAAAUACCUCCGUUCCUCCUCCUCACUCUGAUCCGUCUUGUGUGGGACUGUAGUGUGGAUGUGUAGAGAGAGGGAGAAAGAGAGGGAGGGAGGGUGAGAGGGAAAUAUGUGAGUCAUAGUUUGGGAGAGGUAGCUGUGGUGUUGGAGGAGGAGGGGCAAAAAGAGAGAGAGAGAGAGAGAGAGAGUUUGUACAAGUGUCUAUGAGAGAGAGAGAGCGAGCGAGCGAGGCAGUCAGAGGCAGUGAGAACAGUGCACAGGCAUUUCCUGUUUUUCCCUGGCCCGUGGCAUUGGAGGGCCGCGAGGACGAGAGGGAGGGGGGCCGAGGGGGAGAGUGAGGGGAGGGGUCUGCGGUGAUGGUGUCGGGGGUAUAAUAGGCAGGUUACAGCGAGGAAUUCAUGUGGCUAACGUCUGAGACUGUCAUUAGGUGUGGGCCAGACAUCCAGACAGGAGCGUGGAGGGGGUGGGCGGGGGGUGAAAAUGUUGAGAGGCUGCGGUCUGAUCUUCGACAAGAUUUCCUUCAAGUUUGCACAUUUCAUGAAGUUCUCAGAUCAGAGAAAGUCGGAGCGAUGUGGGAAAUCGGUGACGUAAGGAGUGAGCUGGAGUAGGAAAGAAUCUUUCAACCCCAAAAUUCGUCCAUCAGAGAAACGGGAGUCUGUGUUUUUAUCAAGGUCACACAGGGGUCAGGGAGGUUCGACAUUCGACCUUCAGUACGGAGGUUUUAGGGUCACAUUACGUCUAUCUCACACCGCCGUGUUUCUACAGACAUUUAGAACAAAAACUGGGAGUAUCCGGAUCAGAUGAAGAAGACGAACAAGAAGAACUUUAUUUAUUUAUAUUUCAAGUUAUAUUUUGUUUUAUAUCAAGAGUGGGUGUUGUGGAAAAGAAAUGGUUCUGAUGGAAGGAUAGAUGUUUACAACUUGAUAAAUCACAGAGGCUUCUUGUCCACAGAGGCCACCGUAGCGUCGGUGACUGGAGAGUAUCAGUCUAAGAUUCUUCAAACAUUCUGAAUACACCGUCGAAUCUACAGCGUCUACUUGAUCUAAGAUUUAAAUCAAUCAAAGUUUGUAAUCGGUCUUUUUGGAUAUCUUCGUUCUUGUAAACGUGACGUUUACUGACAACAUCAGAAAAAAGAUGAGAGUCCCACAGAGGGAUGAAACGGAUUUCUCAGAACUAAACUGAUCUUCAUCUCAGACACAGAAUAACAAAAGUUCCAGUGACAGAGUUUGAUGAUGACCCGAUGAUGUUUGAAUCGCCGUCGAUCCCACAUGAUUCCAUUAAUAUAGUUCACAGUUUCUCAGGAACUAUACCGUGUAUCUCUGAGGGAUGAAAAGUGAUCUAUCGAGGGUUUCCAGACAUUUCUACACCUGCCACAAGGUUUACAAUCCAGCCUCAAAAACAGGAGUUUGAUCAGAGACGAUUGAUGGUAAAUCCUCAGUGAUAUACGGUGAAAACAGGAUUAUUGAUCAGAUUGUUGUGAUAAAAAAAGAUCACUAUCUCUAAAUGUCGCUAAUGUCUUCAGGGUUUGACGAGCUGUUUUGAUGACGUCUUUUCCUGUCAAACUUUGGACCAAUUACGUGUUCUCAUAUUCUUCUCAUAUUCUUAGUGAACCGGAUCCAAAAGAUUCAUAAACUGCACUUCCUCCCUCAGUCAAAUAAAUGCAGGUUUAUUUUAAUGUCUGUUUGAUCAGGUCCAAGCUCUUUGACCCUCAUCUUCUCCUGCAAAGAUCAGAUCCAAGCUCUUUGACUCUCAUCUUCUCCUGCAAAGAUCAGAUCCAAGCUCUUUAACUCUCAUCUUCUCCUGCAAAGAUCAGGUCCAAGCUCUUUGACUCUCAUCUUCUCCUGCAAAGAUCAGAUCCAAGCUCUUUAACUCUCUUCUUCUAUUAUUCCCUUGACGGUUGUGUUCAACAAGAGGCGACCAAAGAUCAACAAGAGACAAGAAAGUUCCCUGCUUGUCUGUAAAAUCAGGAAUAAUGUUCCUCAAUGUUCGGAAACAAGUAAAGAAGAGAUUCUGAGCAGUAUGAUGUGGUUGUAAAUAGUCAAAAAAAUGCCUGGAAGAAUGAGUGUAAAUAUGUCAAUAGUUUCUGUUGUGUGUUUGUUCCAAUCCCAAUAUUUCCUCUCCUGAUAGCCAAGACUUUAGAGAAUGAUGUUCAGGUGAGGAAAGGCUUGGUCACUGAGGAUUUAUGUGUUUUUUUAACGAAGUCCUGUUGGGAUCAGUUUCUGUUUUAGUUCUUUGGUUGACUUUGAUGGUUCUGAAUCUACUCUCUCAUUUAUUUUACAUCAUUUUUGCUCCAUAAACUGAAUCUGAGGUCGUCCUGAAAAACAAGCUGUGUUUAUAUUUGCUGUGAUUGAAAGGAUGGAGGUGAUACUGAGAUUUUUACAAAAAAAGAAAAACAGGUGGACUGAAAAUAUCAAAAUAUAUCUGGGAGUUCGAAGGGUUAACUGUCACCUGAAGUUAGUUUCUAUGUUUUUAUGUUUUUAUGUUUGUACUUCCUGGGAAGAAGAUAUCCCAGAAAUCACUCUUCCAAGUUUUCUGCUCGUUUCAAUGAUUGAUCGAGAAUCUGCAGCUAAAUGUGAGCAAGUUACAGAUGAUUCUUGUUACAUCAGAAGAGUUAAUUUUGUUUCUGUCCUGCAGUACAUGAAAGUAUUGAUUAUUUCGAUCAUCCAGCAUCAGUGAUCCCAGGGUUUGAUUGGAUUAUUCUUCUCACCAGGGCUUGUGGUUUGCCAACCCUGGAGGAAGCAACAGCAUGCCCAGCCGGACCCACAGCUCCGUGCAGAGGACCCGCUCCCUGCCAGUCCACACCACGCCACAGACCAUGGUCAUGUUCCAGCAAGCCGGUAAGAAAAGAAGAGAGAGAACGGAUCAUCAUAACCUGAAAAAGUCAGGAAAACUGAUCAGAGGUGAUGUGUAAGCAGAACUCAGCUGCAGCGGGGUCCCUUCUAGUCUAGGUCCUGAAGUGGCCCUGAAAGCCCCCGACUCCCAUUCUCCUCCGAGGCAGAGUGACCUGUAGUAACCCCUGCUGACUGGACUCUGUCCCACAGGAACAGUGGACAGUAAUCAGACGAGCUGGGACUUCCUCUCUUCUCUGUCACACACAAACAAACCAGAGAAAAAAAAAAACAAGUUCCCUUUUUAGAAUCAGGAGAAAACGCGAGUUUAAAAAAAGAAAGCAGGAGGGAAGUUGGAGCGAGAGUGAGAGAGAGGAAGAGAUAGACGCAGGGAGGAGGGAGAGGAGAGUCAGAGCCUCACAAUGAAGCUCUUUGUGCGGAGGGGUACAGCGCUCCCCGACCCACUCUCCUCCCCCUCCCUCACUCACUCACUCACUCGUUCUCUCUCUCCCCCCUCCAGAGUUUCUCUCUCUGAACUUUUUUCUCAUGCCUCCAUCUCCGUCUUUGACGACUGUGCAGAGUCAUGCACUCAGAGAAACAGUCACUCUGCAGGAGAAGGAGAAAGAGGAGGAGGAGGAGGAGGAGGAGGUUAGCUGGGUUAGGGCCACAGAAACUCAUUUCAGGGGCUGGUGCCCCCCCCACCCCCCCGUAAGAAAAAUGGGUUAAAAACUCAGGUUAGUUUUUGUGUGACAGUCCUCUUCAGAGUGUCUGUAUCUCUGCUGUGUGUAUUUGUUUAUGUCUGUCUGUGUGUGUGUGUCAGUGUGUGUAUGUGUCUGCAUGUGUACGUGUCUGUAUCUGUUUGAUUGUGUCUGUAUGUGUCUGUCUUUGUCUGUACGUUUCUGUGUCUGUCUGUCUGUGUAUGUUUUUGUUUGUCUCUGUCUGUGUCUGCAUGUGUUUAUAUAUCUGUAUGCGUCUGUACUUGUCUUUUUCUGUCUGUACGUGUCUGUGCUUGUAUGUGUUUGUCUGUGUCUGUAGUGUCAGUAUGUUGAGGAGGUGAAGGGUGUCUGUACUUGUCUGGAGUGUCUGUGUCUGUAUUUGUCUGUUGUGUCUGUAGUGUCUGUAUUUUUCUGUAGUGUCUGUGUGUGUCUGUAGUGUCUGUAGUGUAUGUGAAGGGUGUCUGUAGUGUCUGUAUUUGUCUAUAGUGUCUGUGUCUGUAGUGUCUGUAGUGUAGGUGAAGGGUGUCUGUAUGUGUCUGUAUUUGUCUGUAGUGUAUGUGUCUGUAUUUUUCUGUAGUGUCUGUGUGUGUCUGUAGUGUAUGUGAAGGGUGUCUGUAUGUGUCUGUAUUUGUCUGUAGUGUAUGUGUCUGUGUGUGUCUGUAGUGUCUGUGUCUGUAUUUUUCUGUAGUGUCUGUGUGUGUCUGUAGUGUCUGUAGUGUAUGUGAAGGGUGUCUGUAGUGUCUGUAUUUGUCUAUAGUGUCUGUAGUGUCUGUGUCUGUAUGUGUCUGUAGUGUCUGUAGUGUAGGUGAAGGGUGUCUGUGGUGUCUGUAUGUGUCUGUAUUUGUCUGUAGUGUAUGUGUCUGUACUGUGUGUCUGUAGUGUGUGUCUGUAGUGUCUGUGUCUGUAGUGUAGGUGAAGGGUGUCUGUGGUGUCUGUAUGUGUCUGUAUAUGUCUGUAGUGUAUGUGUCUGUGUGUGUCUGUAGUGUCUGUGUCUGUAGUGUCUGUGUCUGUAGUGUUUGUAGUGUAGGUGAAGGGUGUCUGUAUGUGUCUGUAUUUGUCUGUAGUGUAUGUGUCUGUACUGUGUGUCUGUAGUGUCUGUGUCUGUAGUGUCUGUAGUGUAGGUGAAGGGUGUCUGUAUGUGUCUGUAUUUGUCUGUAGUGUAUGUGUCUGUGUGUGUCUGUAUGUGUCUGUAUUUGUCUGUAGUGUAUGUGUCUGUGUGUGUCUGUAGUGUCUGUAGUGUAUGUGUCUGUAGUGUCUGUAGUGUCUGUAGUGUGUUAAAGGUUGUCUGCUGGGUUAAUCUGAAGUCUAUAAAUAUCUCUCUGUGACUCUCAGUCUAACUCAGCUUUUCUCUUUCAUGCCGCAAGAGAUUUUCACUGUGAAGACUCAGCUCAGGACUAAACAGCUGGAACACACACACACACACACACACACACACACACACACACACACACACACACACACACAGCCCUCUGGAAAAACCUCCACCUGCUCACAGUGACAACGUUCAGACGGAGGACAUCCUCGUGUCUCUGAUUUUAAGAAUUCUUAUAUCUGUUAAAAACUCUGAGUCCUGAUCUUUGGUCGGCUUAGAUGAUAAAACUGUUUUUAUUUUUAUUUCCUGUUUACAAAAAUAACCAAAGUAAACAAACUAAACUAAAAGUUCCCUUCAGCCGAGUCCAUGAGGAAGAAUCAGCCCAGUGUGCGGCGACAUGAGGGAACGUCAGAGCUUUAAAUGUCUGCUGCUGUAAAAAUAACAGCACACACACACACACACACACCGUGUUUUCAGCAGCCUCGUCCUCUGUUGUUUGUGUUAUUCACACUACAGUCUUAGUUUGUGUGUUUGCAGAGAGCAGCAGUCGGACAGUUUUGAUUAUCUGUUUUAAAAUAUUAAACACUGAUGACGUCUCAGCUGAGAGGAUCGUGUUUUUGUGUUUUAGAUGAUCUUACUUAUCACUUACUGGCUUGGCAUAUACACUACAUCGUUUUCAGUGGUUUGGUUUUGAGAGAUGAUAGAAAAAACUUUUAUUUAAGUGAAGUUUGGUGAAGUUGUUACUCAUUUAAAAACCGAAAAUCGUGUUUCAGAGAAAAAAAUCUUGAUUUUAUUUUCGGCUAAAAUCGUUCAGCUCUACAUGAUUGACGACUUCCUCCGUUUUUGUUCUUUUCGGGUCCGAACAGAGUGAGAUCACAUCUGUGUUCUGGAUCAGGGCAGACUAACUGGGCUGAGCUGACUCACCAGUCUGUAGACUCGUACAGUAAUCUCAGUCCUGAUGUAGGUACUGUUACUGAAACACCUUUGACCCUGAGCCCACCCUCUAACCCGUCACACUCUCUCAGGAUGUAGAUGUGGUUGUUCCUCGUCUGUCAGCCAUGUUUGUUGGGUCGUAGCGUGUGCCUGGGUUCUGGAGUGAACAGUGUCUAUAAUCUGAUGACUGAAGCCACACUCUGCCUGACUGGACCUCAUUGUUCCUCGACACCGACCCCAAUCAUUUCUUUUGUCCUCUGCCAACUCCUCGGAGGCUGACUUCUUGAAAAGUGUGGGUGUGAGGAUUAUCGGGUUUUUGUCCGGUGAGGAUGAAAGGCCGAUCAGAGUGUGAGUGUGUGUGAUUGUCCAGCUCCGCUCCUCUGCUCCUAAUGAGAGGCUGGUAUUGUGUGAAUAAUGAGAUGAAAGCUGGACUUGCUGUGACCAUCAUCAGGAGGUGACGCUGAUGUUUCUUCAAACCUGUUUUUAUCUCCACGCAGAUCUUCAGUUACCGGUGACGGAGCCGGACAUCAACAACCGCCUGGAGUCUUUGUGUCUGAGUAUGACCGAGCACGCCCUGGGAGGUUAGUAACACUCACUCAGUGCGUUUCCAUGACACUCGAGAAAACCCAAUUAUCGCCUUAUUCCGAUUAAGACCGGACAGCUGAAGGUCAUGUAAACAUCUUAGUCCGACUAUAAGACACUCAGAUGAUGAGAUUGGAGUUCGAUUUUCUCUACCAUGUAACCAGCGUAGUCGGAGUAUGAUCGGACAAUAUAUGUGUGCCACGCCCCCUUAACCGUGGAGAAGAAGAACACCAGAGAAGAGGAGUAGCGUGCGUCUCAUCUGAAACAACGCUGUACGAUGCUCCAUCUUCUUGUUUCUCCAAAAUGCCCAGCAGCAGUUGUAGACACUUCUGACGUCUGACACCGACCUGCUGUUGUUGUCGUCGGAAACAGCGCCGCUGAAAAGAUCCGAAUCGCCCUCUACAAAGCUUUCUCACGUCUGUCAUGUUUAGUUUGUCCAAAACUCGCCAAGUUUCAAUAUUGAUAUUUCCUGAUGGAUUUUUAGAUCUUUGUUCGCUGAUCUGACCUCCUCCACUUUAGAUCUGUCAUAAACUAUCAAACUCUCAGCUGUCAGAGGAAGAACAGUCAGCUGAUCCUAUAAUCUCAGACCGUCAGACUGAAGCGUCUCCUGUUAGAAGGUGAAAUCAUUUAUCUGUCUGACGUUGAGAGGAAACCUUGAGCGCACAAAGAAGACUCUUGAAUCCAUCGGCGGCGGCUGCUGGCUGUUGUUGACGUGGCGGAGCGUGGUCAUGUCAGAUGAUGACAUCAGCACUAUAUUGUCAUGUCCAGUCAGUUUUAGUCCGAGGUAAAACCAGGACCGGCUCCACCAUCCCCAGACCGAGCUGAUGGAAGGACAGUGGGCCUCAGUGCUCAGCAGACAAGUGCUGCUUUGUGUGUGUGUGUGUGUGUGUGUGUGUGUGUGUGUGUGUGUGUGUGUGUGUGUGUGUGUGUGUGUGUGUGUGUGUUAAAGUGAAGAAACUCCCUCCUCAGCAGAGUCUCACCUUUCCUUAAACCGACCCAAACAUCAUCUGUGUGCUGAAGAAAAGGAGAAAGGAACGCUGGCUCCUGAUUGGCUCAGAGUUACACCGAGAGAAGAAGAAGAAGAAAACUGACAACCUCAAAAAAAAGAAGAUUUCUCUAAAUUCAGUUUUUAUUCUGUCAUCAUACGAACCUCAGAGAGUCCACAGAGGUGAAAACUCCACAGACGCUGAUUAACGUGAACGCUCUUUAAUCCUUCUGUCUCCAGUCGGUCUCUGAUGGGUUGGGUGAAUCCAAACUGGUGAAAAAAAGGGGGGGUGUUCUGAUUAACACUUGGUACGUUCCUCAUUCACCAUAGACUGUAAAUUGACGCUAAAAAAAUGAAGUCGACCAAUCAGAAUUUUGUGGACUCAGAACGUAUCGACCAAUAAAUCGACCAGUCGACUCUUUCCAGCCCUGUAUGAAAGUCACGGUGAAAGUUCUGACGUAUAUCCAGGUGACUUCUCAGGUGGUUCAUCCUAAAUUCCUGAUAUCUGGUCAGAUAUUCUGUGUUUGUGUAUUCGGAGGAUUGGAUCAGUCCAGUCCAGACUCUGACUCUGCUGGUCCAGAGAGAGUUCUCUCUUUUCAGGUUUGUGUUAAAAUGUUAAAGACGAACUCUCUGCUGCGUCUGUGACCAGCAGGUGUCGCCUCUGAGUUAGAGACGGAGAAUAGAGAAUACCAACACCCUGAUGGUUCCUGUCAGAUAAUGUUCUAUCAUCUGUGAUGUGUUGGUAUCAGAGAGCUUGUUAGGGUUAGAGUGAUGCUGAAACAGAGUCUGAAGAGUCUUCAUCCAGGAGGACGGAGACGUUGUUUCUCAUCAGUGUCUCACGUUCACCUCCUCUCCUCCGUCUCUUAUUCCUGUUUUAAAGAGCGUCAGUGUUUUUGUUUUAAAGCAGCCAUCAGUGACUUUCAUUUCAGUUUCAUGAUGACGAGGGUUUGUUUGAUUUGAUUAUCGGUGGAAUAGAAAAACGUCCCGAUAAGGUUCUUCCUCUCCGCAGCUGUCAGACGCUUGUUUUCCUCCAUCGGUGUUUUCACAGAUGUGUUGUUCUCUCACCAGGACAGAGCCGCCCCGGCCCGACGCCGCCUCUACAAACAGCUCACAGCAAAGUUCGACCGCUCGGCGUUUCCAAUCAGACGAAUGAAACCGUUUCAAUGAUCGCUCUUUUUCAGAGUUCUGAAAAAACAGAAACAGAAAUCCUUUUUUACAGAUUUAUGAACUCAGAGGUGUAAAUGGAGACGAGAUGAAGUCUCUCUAAACAUCACAGAAGGUCUGAACUGGACCUAAAAGUCCGAUCGCCCUGAGAUAAGUCUGGACCGGUGUGGUUCUGGUCGGAGUCGCAGGUUCUUUUAUUGUCACACUUUUUUAAAGCGACAGUAACACGCCAGCGUAAUGAUUUAAACACGAACACAUAUGAACCAAUCAGAUCCUCUCCUUUAGUUUUCUCCCCACUUUUGGCGGUGUGGCGAGCAGAAGUGUUUUUUUUGCGUCCUUCUCCAUCACAGCUCCUGUAGCUAAGCUGCUACGCUACUUUUAGCCGCUCAGAGCUGCGAGGAGGGCCGGGAGAGUGGGAGGGGACGAGUCGGAACUACGGGAGAGGGGUGUGUCGAAUACAGCGAGGUGAUUAGAUGGAGAGGCGGAGCAGGAGAUUGACCAAUAGGAGCUGUCCGGGACGCAAAUCUUUUUUUUUUUUUGGAUGGUAGGGGAAGGUCCCGCCCUCCUUCGCCUCUGAUUGGCGAGAAGUCCUGGGCUCCGAUUGGUUAUUCCUUAUGGCUGUGAAACGUCAUCGUCGUUGGGUUAAGAGAUUGUUCGAUGUACAGAGCCGACAGUUCGUGUUUGGCUUGAGUGUGUGAUGACGUUUCCAGCUUUUCUAGCCAAUCAGAGACGAAGGAGGCGGGACCUUCCCCUACCAUCCAAAAAAAAAAAUAUUGCGGCCGGGAGAGUGGGAGGGGACGAGUCGGAACUACGGGAGAGGGGUGUGUCGAAUACAGCGAGGUGAUUGGAUGGAGAGGCGGAGCAGAUUGACCAAUGGGAGCUGUCGGGGACGGAGGGCUCCCAUUGGUCGAUGUUUUUGCAGCCCUGCAGCUGAUAGGGUGAACAGAUUUAUUCUCUUCACUUUGUGGAGAUCGCACUAAAGCACCAUGAUCGCCAUGGAAACGAGGUUCAUAAUAAUGACCGAUCUCUACAAUCGUCAACCAUGACUUUAGAGGAGCAGAGACCUGUUUGUGGACCUGAGUCCUCAGAGUUGGUCCUUUAUUCGGUCUUCUUGGACCUGGUUCUGAUGAAGACCUCUCCAGAACUCUAACCCUGCUCUUCUCUGCUCCUCCUCUCCAGACGGCGCCGACCGCACAUCAACGAUAUGAGACCGAGGAGACCUGAGUGAGAGCGGCGGGACGGCACGGGUCCACCAGACUCUCUCAGCACAAGUCCCCCUGGAGGUCAGCAGCUCCUCCUGUCCCCCCUCCCUGUAGCCAACGGCAGAGCUCAACCAAAGGAUCGGGACCGGUACCAAGACUCACCAAGGAGCCAAUCAUCACACGGCGUACUAAAGCCACCACACGGGGACCGUCCAGGGGGGUGAAAAAACACACUUCCUGCUCCGCCAGCAGGUCAGGAGGGAGGACAACAUCCGCCCCGGUCCGGACAGUGAGUGAACAGCGCCCCCCCGGUCAGGGAGGCCAACAGCAGCACUGCAGAUCGCUCAGAGGGGUGAAGUCCCGGCUCUUGGAUCAGAACCAGCAGGACUGAGGUCCCCCUCCCUCUCCGACACCUCCUGGUCCCCGAACAUGGAUCUUUAAAUCUGUUACAGUACCUCAGACCCAGAAACAAGACCAGCAGAACCCCAGCGGUUCUGGAUUUCCCAUCAGUGAGACCGAGUGUUCAGAGUCCAGAGAAGGGUCUCUGGGCUCUGUAAAGGGGGCGGGGUCUUUAGUGUAUUUGAUGUAUUUAUUGUUUACAUAAUGAUGCUACUUUAAAGGGUACAGACACACGGACGAUGACGAACUUCAGGUAUGAUUUAUCAUCAUCAUGUGAUCACCUGGACGCCCUCGGUGAUCCACCAGCUUUAUGUCCCAUUACAAGUAGCCAUGACAACAGUUUACAACCAACAACCACGACGACGACGACGACGACGACGACGGCGGCGUGAUUAUUCUUUAUUUCAGCAGCAGGAGGCGACAAAAACAGAGAGAGAGAGAGAGAGAGAGAGAGAGUUUGAGGUCAGAGAAAGACAGAGAAAGUCGAGACAGAGAGGAAGAGAGACGCUGGAGUGUUUGUGGAAGAGGAAGAGGAUGUUUAGAGGAGGAAGACAUCAGAGGCAGGACCUCUGAUUGGCUGAAGAAGAAGACAGAGGAAGAUGAUGUCAUGUUCGUGUGAGUAAGUGCAGGAGGAAGGGAAUCUGGAGUAUUGUAUAUCUAUACCAUGUACUGUAUAAAGUCUUUGUAUUCAGAGCGGGCGAUGGGAGAUCCACGGAGCUGAAUCAUCAGAGGGAUUCAGGUGUGGAGGUAUUUUUCCUGACCUGAAGCUGAAGCUGAUCUGAGUCUCGAGUUUCCGUCUCGGGGAAACAGACGGACUUUGAAACGGUCUGAAGAGGAGAGCGAUCUGGUUUCUGCUGAGGAGAUCACAACAUGGGAGAAAUCACACACUGUCAAUCCAUGAAGGGUCCUUUUCCCCGAGAUUGUCUCAUUAGUGUUUACCUCCACCUGCUGGCCAAACGCAGUCAUGACAGGAGGAGUCGGUGAACGCAGCAGGAGCUCUGCACAACUUUAAAAAAAAAACACUCAAGUUUUAGUGAAGGAGAUUGUGAGACGGUCUUCGGUUAGUGCGGUCAUGGAUUUAUUUAGUUUUUCUGUGUCUUAAUAUUUAGACUUUUGUGGAGAGGACUCUGUGGACGACAGAGACGGUUAGGACAGGUGUGAGUCCUGAUCCAGAACGGUCAACAGUGAUGCUUCGUGUUUAGUUUCUUUAUUCGCAUUUGUUUCUUCUGCACUUGAUGUGAAAACACUAAAUCAACAGUCAGCGCUUCGGGGUCAGGUCAGGUCAGACGUGGAGCUGCAGACUUCUCGCUGAGGCAGAAGUCGAUGAAAGAGGAGGAUGACUCACGACGCUCCUGACGCCUUUAAUUCACACUAAAUCACCUCUGUUUGUCCGACUGUGAGCGCCAGAGACCGAAGAAACGAUCAUCUAAAACCAGGAGCAAGUUUGUGAUUCUGAACGUUUGAGUCCAUUUACUAUAAAAAACCAUCAAUGAUAAAAAAAUGAUGGAUCAGUGAAAGAAAAACAAUCUAUCAGAGCGGAGUAAACUCCUAAUAAUCGGACUGACGUGUCGUAACUCAUCUAAAUAACCUCUAAAGUUUAGUUUGAUCUGCGAGACACAAACACGUGAUCCUGAUCUGAGUCUAACUUUAAUCUAAAUAUUCAAUUUUAGUUUGAGGAGUUUAAAAGAACAGGUGAUGGUCCUGACGUGAGACACUACAGAGUUUAUGAUGCUUUUAUUCAACUUUAUAGAGGAACACAAACAAACACAAACAAACACAAACUCUUCUUUUGAAUGUUCAGUUAAAAAAAUAUACCGCUGUAUCUUUAAAUGUAGAAAACCUUCUGAUCAGACCACCACAGGUCGACAAAUGAACCUUUUUUAGACGUCUAAAUUUAGACCAAGUUUAGACCAAGUCUAACUAUAUCUAUACUACUACACUACUCUGUGAUGCUAAACAGCUAUCAUAAUUAUUUGGUGAAGUACUUGGAGAUCAGUUAUGAAACUCACAGUUACUUUUAGAAGUAAAAAGUUAUCGAAUAACAGGUUAAAGUGCAGCGUCCAAAAAUAUACAGAAUCUAGACGUUGAAAUUUGGUCUAAAAAUAAAGUAGAUGUCUGUCGCUCAGUGGGAUGCUAUAACAAAAACUGUAAAAUCAAUUUUAAACAUGUUAUGAAAAAGAAAAAUAAACUCUAGUUUGUCUUUAACGUCAUUGUUUUAAAUCUGGAUGAUAAAAGUUUCAAAGUCACGAAAAAUAAAAAUCCAGAUUAUCAAAAUUAAAAACUAGAAAUUUUGAGAAAUCUCUUCGUUUCUGCCGUCAGUGAUCCUCGUCCAGUCCGAACUCUCCGAACUCUCGGGGAAAUUAAAAAUCGUUUAAUAAUAUUUUUUUUAAUAAUUAAAUUUCUUGUUUCUUCUUCUCCUCCUACCGUAAAGUCACGCAGACGUGAGGCGCUCAAACUGAACUGGUCUGAAACCAGUCCAGAACUCUGGUUCUGAGGCUCGAUACUGGACUCUGGACGUGCACACACUCAGACAAACAGAGCGCACGUACACUACAGCCGUAAAACUGUUAAUGUUGUUACCACGGUAACGUCACUACACACACACACACACACACUCUGAUACUUUAUUUGGACUCCGUCAAAGUUCGGACCCGGAGUCUCAUCAUCAUCUUUAAAAGGAGACUGUUUGAGUGUCACUUAAAGUAGCUGCCUUCUUAUUUAUUAUGAUCGUGGAGCUGAUGAUGAUGAUGAUGAUGAUGAUGAUGAUGAUGAUGAUGAUGAUGAUGAUGCCGUUUUUUUUUUUCUUCUCAUUUUAGUUGUAUGACGAUGAUUAUUUAAAGUACCGUAUGUAUUAAGGUGUUAUGGCUGGUGACCAUACCUACAUCUCAAAUAUUAACCUCGAUGUUCAUGUUGAGUUUUUUCGUUGCUGUUGUUGGAUUGAUCGUCUUUUUGAGAGUUUCAUAUGAAGAGAGGAGCAGCAGACGGUUCGUCACAGGAGGUCUCAGAGUCUGAACCUGGUGCUGAGGUCCUGGAUUCAGUCUGGGGUCCUGUAGGUUACUUUAAAGGGUCAUGUUGUGAUUUUUUUCUUACUGUCAACAAAUCCCGUGAAAAAAACCAAAUCCUGUUUGAGGAGUUUUCAGCCGUGAAGACGUGAAAUCCUGGGAGGUUCAGAAGUUCUGUGGACCGUGUUGGAGGAGGUUCGACUCUCGGGUCGAUGAAUUAAAGUUUGUUUUAUUUUUAUUUUGAUGGGAUUUGCUCACGAUAAGAAAACAGAGUCAUGUCUUCAGAUUCAUCCCCGCUGAAACGCGUCCGUCUUCAGCUGUUCGAUGAAUGAAUGAAUGAAAUUAAAGGGAUAACUCUAACUCUUGUUGUGUGUUUGUGCAGUAUUGUUGCUCGCUCUCAGAAGCGCCGCCACGUUCGGAGGAUACAGAUACUGACUGAGCGCGCUCCGCUGACCUGAGGUCAUGAGAUUUGUCUGGAAAACAGAGUUCCAGGUUUUUGUGUCUCUGAGUGUCAAACAGGCCUCCGGGUCUGCUCCUCUGGGUCAAAGGUCAAAGAAACUCACCUGUGACGGGACAGUCGGCGCCGAGGUCCGGACGGUUUCUCUUCUCUGCAAACCAAAUGCUUUAUUUUUGUUUUCUCUGGAUGCAUAUCAGCUGUGUGGGCGUUCAGGAGUGUGCAGUAUUAACAGCUAGAUUACGCCUUGAUAUUCCAAAAACAUGUAAUGUACUUUAAGUUGAGACAUAUAUGCUGUUUUGUAUCUUUUAUUUUUGUCAUAGAUUCUGCAGUUUAGUCCAUUAUUGUCAUUAUGGGAUGCCAAGACAUUUUUGUUUUAUUUUUGUUUUAUUUUUGUAAAUCCAGCAGCAUUCAUUCUGUAACUCCGUGUUACCGCUUGACUGUGCUCCUUCAUUUUCAUUUAGUUUUAUUUUAUCAAAGAGCCGAUGUCCUGUAUUGACUGCAGGCUUACGUAUAUAUUUGACAAAAAGAAUAUCGUAUGUUUAAUAAUAAAAAAACACAAAAAAGACAAAAAAUGGAAGAAAAAGCAGAAAAAAGGAAAGCGUUGAGAGAAGUGUAAUUUAUAUUUUAAAACUGCAUGCACAAAGCUGGGAGAGUCGUAUUUAGAAUAACAAAUGGCAGUGCCUUUUUUUGUACUCGAGACAUUUCAGCCCAAAUGUAAAAAUGUUUUAUACAGACUUAAAAAAACAAACUUGUCAUGUUACAGGAUGAAACGAUGAGGACUGUGUCGGCUCACGUUCACACUGACGCUGAGAGAGUUCAGGUUUCGUCUGUUUUAACGGUGUCUCUAGUUUUUGAUCACCUUUUUAAGACCAUCCAUGUUUCUUUAAUUUGGAGAGACUUUCAAAACUCCCAGAAGAGUUUAACAGUUCAUUAUCGAUCAUUAAUAAUUCCUCUCGUCAUAAAAACAGUUUAAAGUGAAAUUGAUCAGUCAGUUUUCAAGAGCCGAGGUGAAACUCAGAAGGAAGCAUUUUCAACCAUGAUGAUCAGAAAUGAUUGUCGUCGUUCUUAUCUCUGAUUCGUUCCCUCCUGAUCAGUGCGUUUCUGCAGACUGACAUGAGCGCAGUGUUUCUGCUGUGAAGUGGAUCCAAGUUCAGCCGGACCCUAAAGAUCUGAAACCUGAAAUCUUUAGGUCCGUUCAGAACUUCCUGUGACUCUGAAACUUGAAUCUGGAUCGAUCCUGGCAGCAGUGUGAACGUGGCUGACUCGGUGAAUUCGGUCUGCUGUGUGUGUACUCUGUAGGUACUCCUCGCUGAGAUGAAGUCAUGAUUUAUUGUGGUCUGUAUAAAAUAACGUGUGAAUGAAUGAAUGAGUGUGUGACAGUGACGGUGUGAGUGUGAGUGAGUGUGUGGAUUCAUUCAAGUGUUCUCCGAAGUGUCUUGCUGUAAUUUUGUCGCGAUGUACCAGAAUGCUGUGACUUGGCAUGCCCCUGUUAUACAUUAAAAAGUUGUAACUCCUC